AGUAAUUUUGUCCCUGGCCCCCCAUGUGCCCUCCUUAUAUUUGAAUCCUGGAGAUGUCACUGACAGGAAUACAUAGGGUUCAGCUAGUCUCUGAGCAGAGGGAAUUGUGGGAGUGAGGGGGAGUUUCCAGUUUAGCAGCAAUGGCUGCCUGCAGCUCCAUGAAUCCCAGCUGUGUGUUUGUGUUUUCUCUCCCACAUUGCAAACACUGAGAUUGCCCCCUGUAUACAGUAGCAGUCAGUGAGUGAGUGAGUGAGACCAUGACAUGGAGCCACCAGUGCCAUAACACAGCACAAUGAGCUCUAAUUAAAGCUUUAAACAGGGUGAUGUGACUGUAGCAAAGACAGCAGGACUAUAAUCCCCAUCAUCCCCCAACCUGGCAGACUGAGGAGCUCAGUGGAGAGCAGAGCGCUGAGUACACUGCAUGCAGAGAGAAAGAGCCAGCCCCAGCCUGUGUUGUCCUGUUUCCCUGGAUACUGCAGUUGAGGUAGUUACUUGGCUGAAAUCUGGGCUACCUACCUUGUUUUAUCCGCUGCACCGGUGGGUAUAUCGACAGCCGACAUCCAAAUGAAGAGUGGCGAAGAGAAACAGAGGAUGGUGGAGGAGGUCAGUUUCCCCUGCUCACUGUGAGCCCAGAGAAUAAACAUUCCAUUUAUAGAAUGUUCACACACUGUAACUUUCUCAACAUUGCAUUGCAGUGAUCUAUAAACAUGUAUCUUAUGUUCCCAUUAACAAAAAAGGCAAAUGAGCAUUAGAGUUACUAUUCUAAAUAAACAACAAAAAAUUAUCUCAUGUGUCAACAGAAACAGCAAUGCCUCUAUUGAUUUACAAAAUGAAUGUAAUAUAUAUAUAUAUAUAUAUAUAUAUAUAUAUAAUAUCUUUAAUGAGUGACAUACCAAAGUCCUUUAAUGUUACAUCAACGUAGCAGUUAUUCAUUUUACCAUACACUAGGGUAAAACACAAAUCAGCCAUGUGAAAAGUGGUUUACUAAAAAAAAGUCACUAGGCGCUAAGGGGUUAAAUCUUCAAACAUCACCUGAGGUAGUGCAGGAGGUGCUAAUGUUUCUGUUGUGAGAAUUGCUACAGCAGAUCUGCAGUUAGGUUGCUAAGCUAUCACUAAACAUCAACCAACUGUGAGUUCCUGUGACAAAUAGCAUUCCCAUGGAACUGCAGAAAUAUACACUGCUUAUACCUUGACAUAUUUAUGAAUGAAUAUUUCCAAUACUUAAUAAUUACAAUUAAUUUACAGCAAAAUGAAGAUGUUUUAAUUCACUGUUUUUUUUUGUUGUUGUUGUUUUUUAUUGAAUUGAAUACAAUAAUUGUUAUUUACCAAGGUGACAUUUGUAGAGAAUUAUUAAGGGGCAUUUAAUAAACAAAUUGUAAACAUUCUAUAACUUAUUAAUUUUUUACACUUGGGCUACUCUGGUUUGGAAUCUUCAAUAGCCCCACAAUGCCACAAACAAUUCUUGUUUUGGUAAAUAAACCUACAAGUAAUACAUCACACCAUAUUUUCCAUUAACUUUGUUAUUAAAAAAACAACAACCUAAAAUGGCAGAUUUGAAAAGGUUUGCUACUUUUUAACCCCUUGAGCACUGUGGCAUUUGUCCAACUACUGAACCAAAACAAAACCUAGGGAACACUAUACCGUGAGGGAAGGGGCACUAUAGUUUCCCUUUAAGUGCACCUAUACAUAUUUUUAUAUAUUUUUUUUUUUUUUUAAAGGACAGAACGGGCUUUCUUUUAAUAUCCUAUAUGUAUAUCUAACACAACAUUAAGUAUGAAGAAAAUUUAAAAACAGAAAAAAACAAAACACAUUUUCCAAAUUUUCUUAGUUUCUAUGCAUCAAGUGCAACUAAAGGAAAAAAAGAACGCUCCAAAUAGAUUCACUUAUAUGUCCUGACUGUUAAAGGGAAACUAUAGUGCAAGGAACACAAACUCGUUUUCCUGGCACUAUAGAUCUCCCCUCUGCCAAGGCCCCCUCCUGUGGCACUGUAGGGGUUAAUAAACCUAACAUAGAGGGCUUCCAUCUGCUAAUGUUAGGGCUAAUAUCAGCGCUAACAUCAGCAGAGGGAUUAGAUAGUAAAAAGUGCUCUGUGAUGCUUGAUGCAUACGCACUAUGAUUGGGCCUGGGCAGCUGGCACAGGGGGAUGGGUCCUUUUCAGACCUUGGGUCUCUAUCUCUCCUCUUGCAGGCUCAGAAUCACACAGCUCAUCAGUCAGUCUGGGGCCACUUACUAUGAUUGAUACUCCUGUCUUCCUGGUGUGAGCAUGGAUUUAACCCUGCUCAUAUAAAAAUGUAAGGAUGUUCCAAGCAAUCCAAACAUUGAUAAAUCUCAUUCUGUUUAGGACAGCAUGGAACAUGUAACAUCCUGAACUGGUUAAAGGGAUACUAUAGGCACCAAAACAACUUUAGCUUAAUGAAGCAGUUUUUGUGCUGGCAUCUAAACAUAGUUGCCAUACAGCGUAUGUGUUAUGAUUGCUAAGGGUGGAGAGUAGAGGGACAUCUUCUUAUCUUUUCUCCCUGAAUUUCAAUUCCUCGGCAGAUGGGGAAAAAAAAAACCUAAUUUAAAGCUACACCAUAGUCAUCAAAACAACUUAAGCUUAAUAAAGCAGUUUUGGUGUAGAGAUUAUGCCCCUGAAGUCUCACCGCUCAAUUCUCCACCAUUUAGAAGUUAAAUCACUUUUGUUUCUGUUUAUGCAGGCGUAGCCACACUUCCACUGACUGUGAAAAGAAAUGGUUUCACUUUCAAUCUGAUGUAAAAAGUUUUUAUUUCCUGCUCUGUAAAUUGAACUUUAAUUACAUACAAGAGGCUCCUGCAGGGUCUAGAAAGCUAUUCACAGAACAAUGUGAUAUUCUAAAUUAAACAGUAUUUUCAAUACAGUAAGUGUAAACAUUAGAUGACUCUUUGCAGGAAGUGUUGAAAGGCUGUGUAAGUCACAUGCAGGGAGGUGUGACUAGGGCUGCAUAAACAAAGUGAUUUAACUCUCAAAUAGCAGUGAGACUGCAGCAGCAUGAUCUACACACCAAAACAGCUUCAUUGAGCUAAAGUUGUUUUGGUGACUAUAGUGUCCCUUUAAGUAGGCUUUUUUCCAAGUCAAUACAUUUGCUUGCAAAACCUCUGACACAAUGUGUAGAUGACAUCCCAAGCUAUUUUAAAAGAGCUAAAGUAGAUUUAUCCAUGACAGGUUCCGCUUAAAUCAUCAAGUAAGUUCCUGACAAUUCACCAUUUAGUGAAAAACCUUGCACGUAACUCUUAUAAAAUCAUGUUGGAUUUUCUUUUACUCCUUCCAGAGAGAAGUUUUAUGCCAGAUUAUAUGUAUUUUUUUGAAAAUAAAUUGUAUUUUUUCAGUAAUGCAUGGAGAGACUGGGUGGGGCAAUAUCAUCAUGGCUUUGUGCCAGAUGAUAGCUUCACAUGGAACUUUCCAGGCUGUUUCUGUAACAAGCAUAAGUAAACGAAUGUAUGUGCCUUCCUCGGAUCCAGGGCCAGGUUAACAUUGGAGCUAAAACCCAGGCCCUUGCAUUGCAAUAGGCCCAAACUGGCUGCUGAUUUUUUUUUUUUGUCUGCCGCCCUGAAUUGUUGGGUGCCAUACUUACCUUUGUCCAGGGAGACUCCGAUAACUUUAAACGCUUGCCAUGGUAUAUCUACAUCUGAUCUGUGUAAUGAUUAAAAAUCGGGGGGGCCAGAUGUAUAGUGAAGGCAGAUUUUUUUGUUUUUGACGUCUAUACAUGUGAGGAUGGUUUUAUGUAUGACUGCAAAGUCUAGUUGCAGGUGGAGGUCAGGUGCAUAAGUCCGGAAAUGCAAAUUAUAAUUUUGUAUUUAGACCAGUGUUCAUUUUGGUGGCAAAUUUCAAUUUAGUUUUAGUCAUAGUCUUUUGACUAAAUAGCCAUUUUAGUUUUAGUCGUAUUUUAGUCAUCUGAGUUGUUUUAGUUAAGUCUCAAAAAGUUUAGUCGACUAAAAUUGUUAGUGGACAACAUUAACACUGACUUAGACUCAGCAUAAUUUUCAGCUCUAUACCAAUGAGUCCCCAAGUCCAGCAUUGCACAUACCGCUCAUUAUCACCCAUCUUUCAUUGUUCAAAAAGGCUGCCAGUUCUCUACCACUCUUUAAAUAUUAGUUUUCAGUGUUCUGAUUUUAAAGAAAACAGGAAAAAAGGUCAAAUUAGAACUACUUUAUUUGCUGGCAUAGAACCAUACUCCCUUACCAGUUUGCUUUAGUACUCUCUGUCUGUGUGCAAACCAUAUAUCACAUAAUUAGGAAUAUAGAGAUUUUAAAAAAACACCAGGACAUAUAUUUUGUAUGAUGGCUUCUCCAAACUCAUGAGAGAGGUUCUGAUCUCAGCAUUCUGUCUACCCACAUACAUACUGGCAUGAAUCUGUGAAUUUUAGUCAUCGAUUGCGCUACAAUUUACGCAAAGUGAUUCCAAAAUCAUUAAGUAAUGCAAUUAAAAAAACUCUUCAGAACCAUAACUGGACAAAUUGUACAGGGAUAGUAGAUUAUUUUUAGGUCCUUUUUUUCCCAGUAGUUGAAAGAUAUUCUAAUUUAUCAGAUGUUAGUAGACCGAGAUAUUACUGUGUAGACCCAGGUUUGAAGCUUUGCACUACAAUGCAGGGCAGACCACACAAAGAUAUCCAACAUUGUGGGACAUGUCUCUGUUCCAAUGCAGGGUCUAUCAAUAUUCCAGUAACGUACUCUGGGAUUGGAAUCAAACAACUUCUUGGGCCUGUAGCACAUUAAAUUACAAAACUUUGGGGGAAAAAGCAGUCAAAUUACCAGCCAAUUAUCUGCAAAAUGAUUUGCUCUUAAUGCAUCAUGUAUUUCCUUGGUAUUAGUCUAUGCUGGAGAUGUUCUAUAUGUGUAGAUCUGAACAGUUGUCACUUGAGUGCCAUACCUAAUCCUGUUGAAUUCAUACCUAUAUUGUUUAAUUGCCCACCCUUUUCUCUCUUUAGGAGUUUAUUGAUGGUGAUGCAGCUGAGGUGGAACGUUUGAAAAAGACUUUGAAAGUACAACGGAAAAAGAGAAAGAAACCGGUGUGUGUCCGAUGAUGUCUAAUGCUCCUUGUGCAAAAUGUUAUUCCUAUGUAUUACUUUCCCUGUGUCAGUGCACUUUAUUACAUCUUUAUCUUGGCGUGAUUUUUCUGCCUACCACUUUGGUUUACACAGAUAAAUACGCUAUAAAGAUAUGAAUUUCCUGUUUGAUUAGGCAUCGCAUAUAUCUUUGACCUCUGUAUACUCUACUCCAUUUGCUUACCAUUGUCUUGCUAUUAAAGUUUGUUAGUUUUUAGUGUCACUCGUAGUUUGUGUUUGUGCGAAAAAUUCUAUUGACAACAAGGCCCAAUUUUUAUGCUGUCAUACAUUUCAGUUAACAAUACAUUGUUAUUCCGGUUAGAGAACAAGAUACUUAUUAAUUGGCAUUAUUGUGUUGCUUUUUCUACAUGCAGUGGCUUCUUUUACUCAAUCUUUUGACUGUAUUUUUUUUUAAUUUUAUAUGAAAUUAGAUAAUUAACAAAUCGUGUUAAAUAUGCACUGUUUUGUAAAUUGCUUUCUGACAUCUGUUGACCGUUUUUCUUAAUAGCUGGUAGAUCCUGCUAUAGAUGCACAAACAGUGGAGCCAGUGGAAGAAUUAUCCAGUGUUAUCCAACGACAACGCAGUAAGUAAGGCCUGACCUUCUCUACCAAUCAGUGACAUCAUUCUCAAAUUAUUUUCCAAAUAGCUCCACCUGUCAGGGUUCUAAUUAGCAAUACAGUGCCCAAGCUAAACGCAAACAUUACGACCUACGUAACUUCAGGACAUGGUAAUCAGGAAAUAGUGAGUUGUGUUCUAACCUUUGGACCAUUCUGUUCCAGGUCUACCUCCACUGACAUCUCAGCCAUCAAAGUCUCUUUUUGCAGAGAGCUCCAUGAGAGAGAGGUUGAGAGAGAAAUUAAAGGCUGGACGGGUAAUACAAAGUCGCACUUUGCAAUUUUCAAACUGUUUUGCUCAGUUUAAUGUUCACAUUCUAAAUCCCUUUAGUAAAUAUAACUUUUUAACUGAAUCAUUUACAAUACAAUGCUCUUCCUUUGGUCUGAGUGCAGUUUGCUUUUAAAUUUUUGGUUUUCAAUCUAAUGUAUACAGUAUUAUCAUAUGUCGGCUGAUAGGCAGGAAGUGAAGACAUCCCUCGCAUUACUUUGGCCUUCAGAGCCAUUCACAGACAAACUAUAGAUGGCAGGAAAUUAUCCUUCUAAUAUUUUGUAAUAUUUUCAAAACGUCUUUGUGUUUUGAAUGCAAAUGGUUUGGUGGGUAAAUGUAAAUUGUUAUUCCGCUGAAUAUGUAUUGUGAGGAUUCCUGCUUUAUAUGGAUUAUAAGACUUCCAGUUGGGUCGUUGUUUUUCUCUUGUUACUUGCAGACCUUAUAUUCUCUCUAGUUUAUCUGUUAUCUUUAGCCUGCUGUUAGCUAAAGCUGAUGCAUCUCUAAAUCUUAUACUGACUUAAUAUUCUCUUUGUAUAUCUGAAUUAGUCCAAGGCUGAAAGCAUACUACAGCAAGAAUCUCCAAGCAUCUCGCCACGAAGCUUAACUAGAUCUCGACGUACAGGUGCACUGACCAAGUUCGAGGAGGAAGAGGCAAGUAUAUGUUCAGCCGCAGGUUUUUCUGCUCUUGGGAAAUAUUUCCAUGUACAUAGAUUGUUCCUUGAGUAUUCGGCUGAUAAUUAUUGCAGUCCUGCUUUCUAAGCAGUGACAUCCUGCUUCUCCAACUGGAGAAAACCAGCAAGACCCAGGUAGGUUGUCAAACUGUUUGACUUGUUAAUGUUGGAUGGUGCAAGGGCACUUCUGGCACCAUAAUCACCAGAGAAGGCUGUAGUGAUUAUGGUGCUUGGAGUGUGUAUUUAACAACACCUAUACAGUGUUUAGUUGAUCUUAAAUAGAGACAACAUAAUAUUUUAGAGAAAUAUAAUUAGGGAGCAUAAAAGAGGCUGAUGCGUAUUUUUUUCAAUCUAAUUUUAAACAGAGAGAAGCAAUUCCUUUACAGCGAUUAAGAGAUGUUGAAGCACACCUGAAUUCGAGAGUAAAAUUUCGUGAUGCUGUUAAGACAAUACAGCAAAAAAAACAGGUAAGAGUCUUCACUUAUAUAUUUGGAUAUAUAAAUAAAAACCUCCAUCCCUUUGAUUUUUCAUCCAUCAUGUUCAGAUAAACACUUGUUUCUGUUUAAUGCGCCCCAAGCCACAACUACCAUGUGACUCAUACAAUGUCCAUGAAAGAAUAAAAUGUUUUCAUUUUGAAUCAGAUCUUAUAGCACAGUGUGUUUACUGUGGAAAUUAUCUCACCUUAUCUUAUUUUCAAUCGGUUAAUUGUACAGUGUUGCCGGCUUUAGCAGGGAGUUAACAGAGCAGGAGAUACAUCUAAAUUCAACAUGCUGUUCUAGAAGUAAACCUAAAAUCUUUAACGUUUUUGCCAGGGGAGGUGUGACGUGUGCUGCAAAAAAAAAGUUAUUUCAGUGGCAGAGAAUUGAGCAGUGAGACUGCAGAGGCAUGAUCCAUACACCAAAACUGCUUCAUUAAAGGAACACUAUAGGCACACAGACAACUUAAUCUCAAUGAAGUGGUCUGGGUGCCAUGUGUACUCAUUAUAACCCUGCAGCUGAAAACAUUUGACAUUUUUGCAAAAACGGCAAUGUUUUUCUUUGCCGGGUUAACCUGCCUGUAGUGCCUGUCAAUACGACCGCUACUAUAGGUGCUUCUGUAAAAUAUGAUUGCUUCCCAAUGCUUUCCUAUAUUGACUAAGAUCAGCAAUCUCAAUGAUCUCAGCCAAGGGAGGCUGGACCAGCUGUGGACAGAGAUGAAACAAGGUAAGUUAGCUGUCAAGCAAGUUAACUUUUAACUUUUAACCCUCUGAUGAGAGCCUGUCACCUUAACAGUGACUAGGGCACUAUAGCAUUAGGAAUACACAUUUGCAUUCCUAACUCUAUAGUGUUCCUUUAAGCUAAUGUUAUUUGGUGCUUAAAAAGUUCCUUUAACUUCAGCUUUACAUGAGCACUAUAUUGGUUUUUAAUGCUGACUCAACAAAACACAUUUAUGAUAUGUGCUUGGUGACUUUUUUUCAACCUAAAUAACUGUUACUUUGUUAAAACUGUGUAUAUGUUAGCUCAUUGACCCGAAUUUAAAAGUAAGAUUUAAAAAAUCCAUAUAAACUGAAAGUAGGAAGGGGGAAAGCGAAGUUCCAUAAAAGAUUCCAUAAAAGUAGGAAGGAGCUUUUAUCCCACUGGCAAAGGCCUUGUUGGCUUUGUGUGCUUUCACCAUAUAAGUGCCAAUGUUGUUUUUCAUGGGACAUAUGGACUCCAAGUCCUCUUAAGCUGGAUAGGGGCGAAGUCAUUUCUAAUUUUUUUUUUUUAUAUAGAAUAGCUUUUUCUAUAAUUUGAAGUCAUGGAUGUGUGAUUUAUAUUCAACCACUCCUUGAGCACCUCCGUUUUCAUGUUUCAUCUUAUACAAUAUUUCUAGUUGUGCCAAGUAAAGAGGUCUUUUUUUCUCAGGUUCAAGAUGGCUUUCCCACUGCUGAAGAAAGCUACAAUUUCUUUACUGGGAAUUUCGAUCCAGAGCCAGCGGAAGAAGACCAAAGGAUUCCUAAAGCAAUCAACAAAGAUGACGUGGAAAGAGAAUCAUCUGAAAAACCAGAACAAAAUGAAGAGGAAGAGGAGGGGGACGAUGGAAUGGUGAUUUACCCUUAUUUCAGUUGUCCAUGAUUUCUUUUUAAUAAUUAUUCAGCUUUGUACUUCCAUGCGUACUGCCUAGAUUUUGAACUCCGGAAAUAUGAGAAAUCUUUUAAACCUGUUUCUUUAAGAAGAAAUAUUAAGAAGUCCGUUACCUUCUCAUGGUGUGUAGAUUCAUUAAACAAUAGGGUGUAGUGCUUUAGAUUAAACAAUUGUGUUAUUUUCCAAAUAUUCUCUAUAUAAAGGAUGGCAUACAGGAAUAUAAGAAAUACUUCAUUAUGUUAAUAUAAAAAGUACAUAUUAGAGGGUAGGCAACCUUGGAGCUCCAGAUGUUGUGAACUACAUCUCGCGUGAUGUUUUGGCUGUAAGAGCAUUAUGGGAGAUGUAGUCCACAACAUAUGUGAUCUACCCCUUAGAUAGACUAAGGUCACGCCACAAUGCAUCAAUUUUUAUGUUAUAAGGCAUAGUGAACACUGUGCUUUGUGCUAUGACCUGAUGUAUGGCAAAAAAAACCCCAUAAAAUAUAUAACUAAAAUAUAAAAAUAUCAAGGACUGCUUUCCUAACUUAAAUGAAUACACCACAUUGGCAAAAUAAAUUCACAGAGCGAUAUAAAAAAAGCCUUAUAUGUUCAAAGAAUGUCAUAAGUUAAACUUCAGAUACACAUAUAAAAAUAUGUAAUGUGGAUAAGUUUUUGUGUUUUCUCUGACGAUUUCUUAAUUAUUUAUUUAUUUCUACUUGUUUUAUUUUCACGUAGGGUGAAGAGGAAUCCUUGGUUCAUGCAGAUGACUUGUUUGUCAUUGAUCAGACACUGCGUGAUUUUAUAGAGUUAUCACCUGCACAGUACGAUGGCUAUCACAGCCAGCUGGAGAAGGAAAAAGAGCUAUUUUUUAUACCAAGUAUCCGACGAGGUAAUUAUUUAGCGUAAUCUGCACUUCUUUGAUUUGUCAAGCAACACUCUACGGUACAUCAAAUAGGAACUCAUUCUAGAGAAUUGGGAAUCUCUGAAUAAAUCACUGCCAGCAUUGUUCCUGUUGUAUCUGCUUAUAAGAGAUGAACAUGAAAGAUGAUGGUAUACUCAAAAAUGUAUAACCACUAUUUAUGUUUUUUUUCUACUCAACAAGAUCUCUCUUUGCCGUUGGCCCCAAUAUGUUCAAUAUCAAAGGAACACUAUAGGGUCAGGAACACAAACGUAUUCCUGACCCAGUAGUGUUAAAACCACAAUCUAUUCCCCCAUGUCCCCUCCUUAUCCCCCUAAAUAUAAUACAAUCUUACUUACAAUCUUACUUGUGUUCAAGUCUGCAGCUGCUUGCCCCGUCCCUGGUCUGCUUGCUUGCCUGACAUAAUCAGAAGUGUUGUUCUGAGUCAAUCACAAUGCUUUCACAUAGGAUUGGCUGAUACUAUCAAGGAGGUAGAUCAGGGACAGAGCCAGCACAUGCCAAACACAGCCCUGGCCAAUCAGCAUCUCCUCAUAUAGAUGUAUUGAAUCAAUGCAUCUGUAUGAGGAAAGUUCAGUGUCUCCAUGCAGAGGAAGGAGAAUGUUGUGAUGCUCACUGUGCAGCACUGCCACAGGAAGCACCUCUAACAGCCAUCAAAGGAGUGGCCAGUGGAGUCAUCACUAGGCUGUAAUGUAAACAUUGCAUUUUCUCUAAAAAGACAGUGUUUACAGCAAAAAGGGAAUGAUUCUACUCACCAGAACAAAUACAAUAAGCUGUAGUUGUUCUGGUGACUAUAGUGUCCCUUUAAAGCGUUGCAGGACUCAAACAUAAUAUGUUUGGAAAAAAGCCUUAUGGCAUAUCAUUAACAGAGCUGUUUUGUUUAGUAAAAGGGGGAGGAGUGAAUGAUUCCCUUCUACCCACAGCUACCUUGAGUGUGCGAUACCAAUCAGGUAUUGUCUCUUGUGAUCUGAAGACCCAACUUUCAUUUACAACUGUACAAUUAUAAAAAGUAGCAAACUGACCUGGUAGAUAGAAGCUAAGGUUUAGAGAACAGUCCACAAUGUGACGUGGAAAUUAUUCUGAAAACAAUAAAGUACAUUAUAAGUGUGGUUGUCAUGCUGUACUUUAGAUGGUAUCAAUGCCACUAAGAUUUUUAUUUAACUUAAACAUUUUGUUAAUUUGUUUUGCUUACUCAUUUCUUAAAAUAUAGUGCCAACCUCUGAAAAGGUGCCUGAAAACAUGCAGCCAAGAUACCUUGAAGACGAGGGUUUGUUUAUUGGUCAGAGACCGGAGGUAUCCCAAACCAAUCAGAAUAUAAUAGAGAACAGGAUCCUUCGACAAGAUGAGGUAAAUUGUCUUUCAUAUUGGAAGCGAAUGUCCGCUUAUGUAUUGACAGGCAUUUCUCCAUUUGGUUAUUACUAAAAUAAGAUACACUAAUUUUACCUGUGAUUAUUUUGUGUACAAUACAUUGUGCUAUAGCAAAUAUUUUCUUCUUACAUAUUUUAAUAACUUUGUGGUUAAUGGCUUCAGAUGAUAUUCCCUUUGAAUUCUUACUUUUGUAAAUUACCCUGUGUGUUUUUGUUUUUUAGUACAACCAAAAGAUGGUGUUUUUUCCCCAUGAGUUUGUAGAGAGUUUACGGUUACUAAGAAAAUCACAGUUUGAUAGCCUGAUUGCUGAUUUUGUUGCUUUUUUUUCAUUGCUCGGUUUAGUGAAUUGUUUGCCUGUCACACCACUUUUUGUGCCAGUGUGGAAGCGAUGGAAAACAGUUUCCCCCCCUCCCUGUCCAGUGGGACAAGCGUUCAAAUAAACCAAUAGAAUAUCAAGAUUUUUGUAUGGCAUUCAGAUAUGGAUAUUAUUUUUUUGGAUUUGGUAAAUCUAAAUGUUGAAGGAUUUUUUUUGUUGGUUAGUUUUGUAACGAAACAUAUUGGUUAAAUAUAUUGGUUUUUGUUCAAUGUAUUAUAAUGUUUUUAUUUUAGUAUUCUGAUCUCUGUUUUUUAGGGGAGGAAAUGGUUUGGUGAUGAUGGUAAACUCUUAGCCUUGCCCAAUCCUAUUAAACCAUCCUCUACAAGACCUCCAAUAUUCUUUCUACAUGAAGGAUUAGAUCCUGCCCUGGAAACUGUUUACGUUAAGGUAAAUUUUUGUCUGUAAUAAAACUCAUGUCCAAAUGAAACAAAAGGAAUUAUUCACUAAACUUCAAUGUAGCAGACUUUAGAAAUUCUUCAACCUGGCUGUAGUCACAGCACGUCUAUUUUGCCUAAAGUUUGCCAUUCAGUUUUUAAUUCACUGCGAUUUAAGAUUAGUGAGUAAACCUGAGAUAUUUGUUAAACAGAUAUUUAACACAGAGCAAUACAACUGAAACAACAAAUACUGUUUUAAAGGAACCCUAUAGCAUCAGGAAUGCAAACAUGUAUUUUUAACACUAUAGUGUUCUAGAAACCAUUUAGCUUUAUGAUUAGACUUAGAUUGGGGACGAGAAACGCUUUUGCGUUAAACGCCGCACACCUCCAAUCAAAUGCUUCUCUAAGAAGCAUGGAUUAUAUAUAUUUAAAUAUAUCAUGUUGAAUUCUCACAAAAAUGGGAGGUUAUUUAAUAAAUGGAGCUAAAUCCUUUAAAUAUAUAUUUCUGAAUGAUAAAUAUAUAAAAUGUAAGGGAAACUUUCAUUUAGACAAAGUGAAGCCCUCUUUACACAUUUUACUAGGUUCCUGUGUUCUAGAGUGUAACAGCUUCUUGUUCCACUAAUAUCAUACUUUGUAUAUUGGAAUGUCUUUUUACUGUGGAUAAUAUUAAUAAUGAUCAAUUUGUCUUUAACAUAAAGGCAAUUCCCCCAAAGCAUGCCAGCCAAUACAUUGUGGAUUCAGAAGGUCUUCAAGGGGACUUCCAGCUGGACAUUGACAUUUCUGGAAUCGUAUUUACGCAUCAUCCACUUUUCAGUCGAGAACACGUUCUAGCAUCAAGACUGGCGCAAUUAUACAAUCAGUAUCUUGGAAGGAAACAGAGAAACCUUUCCAAUCUUUUGACAGACAAGGUACAUGAUUUCAUUGUGUUACAAUCUGUAGCGGAGCCCUAGUCCUAGCAGGGACUCUCCUCCGCUGGUUACUCUAAAAUAUACUCUGGAACAAGUAUAACACUCCAAUGGAAAAGCCAAACACAGUAAAAUAAUCCAGGAAUCUCUCACCUCAUCCCCAGCAACUGGACGACACUCAGCUCUGGGGCUAUAACUGGUUUUAAUAGAGCCACACACGGCCUUUUAUGUGAAUCCCCAUGCAAGAGGUUUCCUGAUACAUAUUCCAGGGGCAUUUCCCCACUGGACCUGAGAGUAGACUGAGACAAAAUACACAACAUAAUUACAUUAACUCUCAGGUCCAGGAUAUAUACAGUAAUAACACCCCAAAACAUACAGUUAACAACAAGGUACCCCUUCAAGUCAUAUAUUCUCGGAUAGCCUGGAUCUGAGUGCCUAACAUAUCCGAAAAGCGCUCAAGUCCCACGAACGCAGGCUAAACGCAACCGGGUUAUAGUUUAGAUCGACCGCACACGAGGCACCUGCCCAAAAGGGUUCCAUGAAAUCAGGCUGUGUGAUCGGUCUCUUUCGGGAGUACAAAGCAUACUAAAACUAACUGUUCGUGCAUAAGCUCAUCUCAUGUAUCUUGAUCGGGAGUAUGCUCUCCCCGAACGCCACUCUGUUCGUUUGGAUUCCUCCAAACCUCCUCUGGAGGUGGAAGUCCCAGCGGUGUUCGCGCCAUAGAGUGUCCGAUUUUAGUUCCAUACACUCGACGACCCAACACCGCUGUCUCUGUUCAUGGUUAAAGAUGGCCGCUGCCACGUAUUUGCACAUACAAACAGCGGCCAACCAGCUGACCGAUUAGAGUGUUAGUAUAAUUGCGUUUUUUGGAGGUUACUGGGGUCAACAAGCGGCACACUUCACAUAUAGGUGGGCUGGCGUUUGGUGUCGAACAGAAUACUAUUAAUAUGGGAGUUGAACAAUCAUGUGAACAGGGUGAAUAGCUGGAUAAUCCAGGGACAGGGUGAUCUGUCCCCCACACAAAAUAUAAGAAAAACAUACGAAAUAACAGGGGGGGGCAAGAUACGGACAGCCCAUAGAAGGAAUAAAGUGUAACGUCCAAAGGUUCAUUCCCUACACAAUCUAUGUAUUUGGUUAAAUCAUUCUUUUUUCUAUAUGUUGUGAAAUAGCAGUAAUGUUUAGAUCAUAUUCCCAAAUGAGACGAACUGCAAGUAGUAUUCACGUUACCUAAUUCUAAGCUUAAUCUCUGACGGCAGGGGUGACAUAUAGUUCUGCAAAUAAUAGGCACUUAUGAGUCAUAGGAAAUGGUAAGUAGACUAUGUAAAAGUUGUUUAAAGUCGAACUCUGUCAUCAAAAGUCAUAUUCUUUAUGGAGUUUUAGGGUUUUCAAUUAGCACAUUGCCUUUCAUUACAUAGUAUGUUAAGCAUUAUAUGUUAUGCUGCCUGGAUAGAUUUCUUUAUAAGAAAUCUGGUCUCCCUGCAUGGAGAUGUUUUCCUCACAGAGUCUGAUUCUGACAGGUUUAUUUACUAAAGUGAGAAUUCAAAGUGAAUUUCAAAUUUAUGUUCAAAAUAGCUAAUUCUUACAUUGGUAAAGAACCCUGUGAGCCUCCUCAAUGUGUAACUGCCCAAAUUCCUUCUCUGCCAGGCAGGUGGCGUCUCUGUGGAUGGGCCUGCUUUUUUCCCCUAUUUCCCCUCCUUAACUCUUCCCUUCUUCUAAUUUCUCUCCUUCCCUUUCCCCUCCAUAAUUUUCUUCCUGUAGCUUUUCUCCUUCAUCAUUCCUUCUCAGUUUCUAGAUGUUUUCCAGGAUGUACGAGUACAUUACUCUUACUUCUUUCUCAUUUGUUCACCAUUGUUGUAGCAAAAAAUCUACAAUAAAAACCAAAGUUUCAAAAAAACUAAUUAUACAAGUAGUGGAUUUGUAGAGCAGAGGCCAUUUUUUUUUUUUUUUUUUUUAAUGUAAAGAUCAGGUAUGCAUAUAUUCCAGAAUGGGUGCUACUAAAAAAAAAUAUAUAAUUUUCAUAAGGAGGUCACUGUUGUUAAUAUAAUGAAAGAAGUCUCUCACUCUUCCCAACAGGGAAGGUUUUAUCUAAGUCUAUCCCCUCGGCCCUCAAAUGGUGGUAUGACCAUGUAACAGAAAUCCACACUUACAAGAGGGGGAUAAAAAGUGCCAGAAGGGGGGCAUUUCUUGCUCAUAGUCUCCUAGUCAAGAAGGCCCUAAAAACAUUGCCAUUUGGGGGUGGCAAUCAAUAACAAAAUAAAUAGGCCAAACUAUCUCCCUGUGGGCAUCCAGGACAUAAAAUACUGGGGCAGUUCCACUGGUCUGGGUCCAAGCCCUGAAAAAAAGACAAUUAAAAAGUACAAUGUAACAACCACAACAAAUAUUACACUAGUGAGUUUGCCUCUAUAAAAACCUGUUGGUAGUCAUUAUGAAAAUGUGUGAAAUCAGAUAUGUGUACAUUGUUAUGCAUCUUAGCAGUAGGGCAUUCUAGAGGGUACAUGCAGUGUGAAAUUGAACAGAUUUGUUUGUCACUGUAACUUCAAGUCCAGUCCUCAGAGAGGAUGUGAUAGACACAGGGCUUCACUUAAAGGGUGUUUUUCUGCCAGUGGCAGGAGGAGAUAGUGCUAAAGAAUUGAAAAAGGUAACCGUAUCUUAAAGCCAUGCUAUAGUCACCAAAACAACUUGAGCUUAAUGAAGCAGUUUUUGUGUAUCACUGCUCAAUUCUCUGCCAUUUAGGAGGUAAAUCAUUUUUGUUUCUGUUUAUGCAGUCCUAGCCACACCUCCCCUGGCUGUGACUGAUACAGCAUUUAUAUAAAAAAAAUUUGUUUUAUAUUCCAUCAUAUGUUAAUGUGUUUUUAAUUUCAUCUCAUGAUCUAUAAAUUGAGCUCUAAUUGCACACAUAAGGCACCUGCAAGGUCUAGCAAGCUAUUAACAGAGCAGGAGAUAAGACAUUCUUAAUUAAACAGACUGUGCAAUAAAGGAAGUGUAAACAUCAGAUCUCACUUUACAGGAAAUGUUUAGGAAGGCUGUGUAAGUCACAUGCAGGAAGGUGUGGCUAGGGCUGCAUAAACAAAGUGAGACUUCAGGGGCAUGAUCUAUACACCAAAACUGCUUCAUAAAGCUAAAGUUGGUUUGGUAACUUUUUUUUUUUUUUUUUUCGUUUCUUAUUAUUUCAGACAUAUACCAGCCUUGUAUAGUUUGCUAAUACUUCUAUAUUUAAGGCCUUGGUACUCUUGUCAUCAUCAAUAUCUCAUGUUAUCCUAUUAAACUCCCUGUGACCUCCCCCCAUCUCUUGUUUAAUUUUAUUGUAUAUUCUUAUUUAUCAACUUGCUUUGCCCUGUUGCUUCUGGAGAGAGAGAGAGACACUUAUGCCCAGUGUAUUUUUCUUAUUUUCUUAUUGUAUUUUGUCUGCCCAUCUUUACCUCUUUUCUUUUCCUUCCCAACAACUAUAGUGUCCUUUUUAAUGUGCAAGGUGAGUGAUUAAAAUAGUGAGUGCACAUGGAAAAACUAUUUAGAGAUUUUUCUCAGAGCAGAGAGCUCACGUGUAUAUAGCUUUCCAUGACAUGCAACUACUUUCAAACAUAGUUACAUUAGUGUCACCUUCUUACCCAUUUCUUUUACUAGUCUUUAUUACUAGUAUAACCGUUCCUGUUGGAUGAAGGGCAUGAAGAGUGGAGGGGUCACUGAUAGACACCGGGCUAGGGCUAUUUAUUGUGCUUUUAGAGUGCCUUUAAUUACAACCAAAUUUGAAAUUAGGGCUAUUGUAUUUUUUAUAUAUAUAUAUCUUCUUAAAUAUGUUUUGUAGGUAAUGUUGUUCUUUAAAUGUUGUAUGUUUUGAUGUAAAUUAAUUAUCCUUUGGUGGUGGUGUUUUUCUUUAAAGCUACAUGCUCUGAGGAACGCAGUACAGAACAUUUCCACAGCUAACUCACUGCAUGGGACCUGCUCAGUUACUGAACAAAGUAAAUCGGAAUAUAAAAUGGAAAUCAGGUAAUGUCUUUUUACCUACAAUAUUUCACUAUUCAAGGAGAAUGCUAGUGUUCUAAGGAAAGCGUAGACAAAAGGGUGCAUCUUCUUUGGCUAAGUAAAAACAUUUAGAAUGCAAGCUUCCAAUACUAUGUAGGACAAACAUGUAUUCCUGACCCUCGAGUGUUAAAACCACCAUCUAGCCCCCCUGGGCCCCUCAUGCCUCCAUAAAUAUAGGAAAAUAUUACUGUAUUUAAGCCUGAAGCUGUAGAUCUGCAUGCUGUUUGCCUCAGUAACACAAGCUGUCUGCUGACAUCAGCCUGAUCCAAUCACAAUGCAUCCCCCAUAGGAUUGGCUGAGACUGACAAGGAGGCAGAUCAGGGGCAGAGCCAGCAUGACUCAAACACAGCCCUGGCCAAUCAGCAUCUCCUCAUAGAGAUGAAUUGAAUCAAUGAAUCUCUAUGAGGAACGUUCAGUGUCUGCACGCAGAGGGAGGAGACACUGAAUGUUUGGAUGCAUUGUAGGCAGCCGUGACCCAGGAAGGAUCUCUAACAGCCAUCUGAGGAGUGGCCAGUGAAGUUAUCACUAGGCUGUAAUGUAAACAUUGCAUUUUCUCUGAAAAGACAGUACUUACUGCAAAAAGCCUGAAGGUAAUGAUUCUACUCAACAGAACAAAUACAAUAAGCUGUAGUUGUUCUGGUGACUAUAGUGUCCCUUUAAUUCAAUAAACAAAAUUUUGAAAUGCAGUAGAAUUCAGUUGUGGUUUUCAGUAGAUGUUACAGGAGGUUGUUUCUAGUGUUUUUCCACUUCUCUUAAUACAGAAUGAUUGCCUUUAGUUGGCCGUGUUUGGCCUUUUUUACCGACCUUUUCACACAAAUGAAUAUCUGUUACAUUAUUCAGUUCGCAGGCAAAGUUCCUAUUAAUCUUGCUGUUUUGUUAUGUGGUUGAAGUGGUAUGGAGUGCAGAUUUCACAUAUGUAAUUAUUUCCUACUUAAACCUUUAAGGACCAAACUUCUGGAAUAAAAGGGAAUCAUGACAUGUCACACAUGUCAUGUGUCCUUAAGGGGUUAAAGGACCACUAUAGGCACCCAGACCACUUCAGCUUAAUGAAGUGGUCUAGGUGCCAGGUCCAUCUAGGAUUAACCCUUUCUGCUGUAAACAUAGCAGUUUCAGAGAAACUGCUAUGUUUACAAAUGGGUUAAUCCAGCCUCUAGUGGCUUUCUCAUUGACAGCCGCUAGAGGCGCUUCCGCGCUUCUCACUGUGAUUUUCACAGUGAGAAGACACCAGCGUCCAUAGGAAAGCAUUGAGAAUGCUUUCCAAUAGACUGGCUGAAUGCGCGUGCGGAUCUUGCCGCGCAUGCGCAUUCAGCCGAUGAUGUCGGAAGGAGGAGGAGAGUCCCCAGCGCCUAGGGAGCCCGGCGCUGGAGAAAGGUGAGUGUUUAACUCCCUUCCUCCCCCUUCAGCCAAGCAGGAGUGGGACCCUGAGGGUGGGGGCACCCUCAGGGCACUAUAGUGCCAGGAAAACGAGUUUGUUUUCCUGGCACUAUAGUGGUCCUUUAACAUCCACAUAUUACCACGUUAUAGAUUUCUUCUUUAUUAUAUGGUAGUAGUAGAGUAGAAACCUUACGGCAUCAGAUAUUUUUAGGGUUGUAAUUAUGAGCUAGGUAUUUAAAACAUGUUGUAUUGGAGUUAGACAAGUCCCCAUCUUGCGUAUAGGCGCUUGACGAACCCACUGUUUGUUAAGCAACCUAGAACGUUCACAUGUUCUUCUGAAUUAAAUGACUAUUUUAUUUCACAUAAAUGAAAAGCUGAAUAGUGUAAAAAGGAACGUUCACAUAUUUACUAGGACAGGGGUCAGCAACCUAUGGCCUUUGCACAGCACUCAAGACAGCCAGAGCCAAACAGUCCCAGUGGGACUUCAGAUAUCUGCUUGUGCAAACCAAGUGGUGAUUGCAGGGGGUGACUGAAAAUCCUAACUUCACGCAGUGCAGCAUUUAAAGACGUUAUCUCAGAUCACUUCCUCGCAGCACAUGUGAACGGUUAUCCGCAGUGGAGUAGCUCCUGCCCUUGACCUGUAACUGGCCAGCCAGGUAUCCACUGGCAGCCACUCACCCACACUGCUAAGUAUAUCCAAAGCUGCAGAAAAAGCCUCUCUCUGUCAUACAAAUAAUACAAACAGCCCACUCACAAAUAUACACACACACAGUCCACACAAGCACAACAGAACUGACAAUCUACAUACAGUCACACAACCCCACAAGCAGCCUUUCAAUGCAAUACCACAAGCAGCCCCACACAUACACACAGCACCAAACACACAAUGUGACACAUUAUCCAAACACACUAUUACAAAAGCAGUCCAUAUACACAGUACACAUUCAUAUGUAUCAGUAUCAUACACAAUACCACAAAGUACUCAUGCACAUAUACAGUAUAACAGCCCACAUAUGCAGAAAUACAAUAGUACAAAGCAACUGUAGCACCCAUAAAUAACACAAGCAUAAUAUGGCAACAUACACAACAAAAUGUAAAAAAUGUCCCUUUAUGCACAUUAGGGACUUAUUUCCCUAAUGUACCGAGUAACUUCGAAUAAGGAAAAACAAGAUCAGAUUUCAACCCAUUUUAAAGUGAAACGUUAGACAAUAGCUUGUUGAAAGCAGAUGUCAUGGAGGUCUUGUGUGAUGUGCAUUAAAUUUAAUAACAAUUUGACAAUUAUUUUGUGUAUUUUAACUGCUGGCUGACCUGAGGUUAACAGAGACUACAAACAUGGGCAGAUCCAGUGGAGAGGAGGAGUUGGGUACCAAUCUGGCUUCCUUUCACUGCUCAUUUGUGCUUAUAGUAUUUGCACAAUGACAAAGAAGUGUAAAGGAUGAGGAACAGAUGUGACCUCACCGCCUGUCACUAGCUGACCGCCUGUCACUUUAAGAACACAGAUCAAGGAAUAAGUAAAGAAAUGGAGAUUCAUAAAAUCUCCCAUAUGUGAAAAACACGGCUAUUGCCUUGGCAGAGCUUUCGUUAUCAGAACUGGUGCAUUCUCUGUGCCAGAAAAUUUUUAUGAGUCAACAGCCCUUCUUCGUUAUACGCUUGUGCAAAUCAUUGAUUUUAAAUAUCAAACUCCAAAAUAUUAAUCCUCAUUAUUUGUAGAAUACUGUAACAAGGAAACGGACGAUGUGUAUCACCGAGCCAUGUGCUAAGUGUUAUUCUAAGUAAAUGGGUGUGUUUACAUCCCGCGAGGACUGGAGCUUGGCACCGCUGAUGCGCUGUGCAUGAUGCAAUGAUAAGUGUGAUAGAGUGGAAAUUGCACUGUAUAUAGGAAUACCACUGUAAUAGUUCCACAUGGUUGGUUUAGUAGAGCCAAGAGAAUUACAUCUAACAUUUCGGAUCCUGGAAGGCUUCAAUUUAAUAACAUUACAUCAGAUAAAGUAUAUUUGCCUAAACUGUGACAUAUUGGGAAUACAUGUUUUUAGUUAUGUAUGGCUUAAAUAAGCAGGUCUAAAUAUAUGUUUUUAAGUCUGUUACAGUUAUAAUUGAUAUUGCAAUGUUGUGAAAACUGACUAACUUAAAAAAAACGGAAAAAAAAACCGGAAAGCAUCGUAAUAACCAGAAUGAUACAUUCCCUGACCCUAACAUACACUGGAGGUUCUGUAAAUCCCACCUCUGGCGGAAAAUGGUGAAGCUUCUGGCCACAGGAAAUGAAGAAUUGGGGGCACAAACAGAACAUGCAUUGCAUAAUGGGCAUGCUGCUGUAAAAAUAACCAAGUAUAUGCACACUCAACAUUAAUCCAAAAUAAUUUCAAAUGUUGCAAUGCUGCUUAAAAUCACCUACCUUAACAAAUACAGUAAAUAUGAUGAUUUGAUGUUCACAACAGCAUUCUUGGCAAAGGUAAUUCUAUUUUAUUUUAUUUUCAUUUUUUUUUUUAUCAGCUGCCUAUAAAUGACACAUAUACUUUUAUUAGUAUUAAAAUAUGACUUAAAUUCAAUAAACACUAGACUUGGAGAUUUGUUUCAUUGCUAGAAACAAUUUGAUGGUUCAAAUUCUAGAACUCUGAGCCGAAACAUGAGCCAAGCUAAACACACAAUGUUUGUUUUUGUCUCCUAAAAAAAGAGAUAUUUGAUUGGAUAAAAAGUUUAUUGCGGCCAGGGGACAGUUACUGAAUGUUUGUUUUAUUCAUAAAUCAAGUAAGAAGUGACAAAUAUAGGAAAAAAGGAGGAGCAGUUGUAGCUUUAGGAAAGCUGAUGGCCUCCAAGACUAACCUCUACCUCACAUACCUGUAUCUUGCUCUCUCCUAAAGGGCAGCCCACCUUAUUUGACUGCAAAUUCCUGUCCUAAUGUGUUUUACACCCCACCUCCUAUAGAAUGUAAGUUCGGUUGAGCAGGUUCCUCUUCAACCUAUUGUUCCUGUAAGUUUUUUGUAAUUGUCCUAUUUAUAGUUAAAUCCCCCUCUCAUAAUAUUGUAAAGCACAACGGAAUCUGUUGGCGCUAUAUAAAUGGCAAUAAUAAUAAUAAUAAUAAUAAUAGCGGACCACGGGUAACCCGACUGGUUACCUCCGCUUAUUCCUUCCUUCAGCCACUCUGGAACCACUAAAGCAUAGAGACAUCCAUGCCCCCAGUAACCAGACAAAAAAAAAAACAUAGUUCUGGGAGUCAAUUCCAAUAAACUGAGGUUUAUUGGAACACACACAGCUUUUAUGCACAGACCCCUACAUGGGGUCUCCCAUACAAUAAUACAGGGCUUUUUCUCCCAGCAUCCUCUACAGAAACAUAUACAAUAUUCUAAAACACUCCAAAAAUAUAUUUUCAAAAGGGGCUAAUUUGAUUGCAUGGCAGGUCAGAGUUUACAAUCCAAACUCCUCUUUGAAGCUGGGACCCCAACUGAGUCACUCUGCAAGGUGUGAUAAGUCGCACACAAGUGGCCUUAUCACUUACAUUGAUAAAAUACUUGUCAUAGGAAAGAGAAUUAAUUGGCCAUUACCUUUUGUAUUUUACCUUCCAAGGUCAAGUUAAAGAAAAAAGUAACAUAUAUGUGUUUCCAGAGCCUGUUAAAAAGGAAAGAUUGUAAAAAAACUGGAGGUUUAUUGCACCUGUGGAAUAGAUUAAUUUAAAAUAGUAGUUUUAAUGUGCUAGUUUUCUUGUUUGCUGCACAUCAGUCAGUAAGAAAUAAUACCAGCUUUUACAGUGAACUUUAUAUCGUUAUUCAAUGACUCUGCCUUAACUUAACAGAAUAAUAAAGCUGUAUAGCUCCACACAGAGGAAUUAAAGUUAUUGGUAUUCUUGAGAAUUCUCAGGUUUUCAUUCCUCGUCUCAGGGCUUUUACUGCUUUCUAAGCGGGGUAUAUUUUAAGGAUCUCAAUGUCUGCAGGUAUCUAACUCAUUUUAAAAUGAAAUCAUUGUUUAAACAGAGAUGAUAUAAUAAUGGAUAUCUAAAGUAUGGAUAUUGAAGAUAAAAGCACUACUGUUUGUGUGUAUGUGUAUAUAUAAUUUUUAGCUCAUUAAGAAUUAUAAUUUUAAUACAUCUCUAUAUCUUCUAGGCUAACGAGAAAAUAUCGAGACGGAGAACAGGAGAAAGAUCGUACUCUUCUUAAAUCCAUUCUAAAAGCUUGGAAAGAGAUUAAAUCCCUUCGAGAAUUUCAAAGGUUUACCAACACCCCGGUGAAACUCUAUUUACGAAAGUAGGUUCAUUUCGGAGGUUUAUUAUGUUGUGUUUUCUCAUCAAUAACUUGUCUGUGUGAAUGGAUACCAAUCAUAAAAUCACUGUUUUAGUGUUGUAACACAUUAGUCACACAACAUGAGAAUAGUUAAAUUUAGAAUAUGUUUUUUGUAUCCCUUCACCGUGAAAUGCAUGCACAAAACCACAAAGUAUUCUUGGAGUGGAAUUAAAAACACCAGUCAAAUUUGUCACCAUGUCGUAACUGGGAUAGAGGCUGGCAAGCAAGACAAGAGGCACUGAUGAUAACCAUAUUAAUUUUACAGCUUUUGCAGCAUUUGUAAAGUUUAAAACGUGGAUCUUCUGUUUCUUUCAAUGUUGCCAGCUUUUUUUAGACAUGCUUGAUGUUAUUUGUUUGGCAACGAUUUUUGCAGAUCCACGUAAUGUUUACCACCAAAGAUUCUACAUUUGCUUAACAUAUGUUGAGCAGGAUUUGGUAAAGUUGUCUUUCAUAGAAACAAACUAAUGGUAAAUAGAAACCUUUUAGUCUGUUGAAUUGCUGAGCCAUGCACAUAGUGAUAUCAUGCUAUGGGGCUUACAGGUUCCUACUGGUGCAUUUAUAGGGGAAUAGUGAUUUGCAUCUCAUCCUAUGGUUCUUAUUAGUCUGUGUUUGUCUUGACAUUAAGGGAAGAAGUUAAGAGAAAAGUCGAUGAGGAAGAAUAUGAGGCAGAAAUUCAGGCUGAGAUACAUGAACUUAUGGAAGAAUAUACAGAGGAGUAUGAAAAGAGUAUGACUCAAUAUAAGAAUAACCUCCAGCAAUGGAAAGCAUGGAGAAGAGCACAGGUAUGAAGGACCUACACAAAGAUAUUGGAAUGUAUUCUUCAUAAACUAAACAGCUAGCCCAAUACAGCCAAAAUAUGGAUGCAACUGAUAUUGCUAAUAUUGAAAUGGAACCUCUGCAAUAGCACUCUGGGGCCAGACUGUGUUUGCCUCACCUUGCAUGUAGUUCAGGGGUAGACAGCCUUGGGCACUUCACAUAUAGUGGACUUCAUGUCUCAUAUUGUUCAUGCAGCCAUAAAUGCUGGCAAUGCAUAUUGGGAAAUGUAUUCCUCAACAUCUGUAGCGCCGCAAACUGGAGCAUCCGCAGCCUGGCCUCCGCUUCCUAUUGCAGUAGUUCCAUUUUAACUGUUAUAAAGGGUUGCCUAACCUGAUCUGACUAAGAAGGGAUGCAGUUAUUAAUGGGCUUAGAAUGCCCUUUCAAACAGUUAAACGCUGUUUUUCCUGGAAUAUUUAACAUUAUGUUUACUUACUCCCUGCAUUUCACAAAUAUGAAUUUGGGAGGUCUAAAAAAAUAAAAUAUUCAUUGCUUUUAAUUCUAUUCUGGAACUAAGCGCCUCCAUCAUUGUUCUAAGCUCUGACAUUUUCUGUCAUUGAACAUAGUACCUGGAGGUGGAGAUACAGAAGCAAUGUUUCUAUUUCUCCUCUUCAAUGCAAUGUAUGCCUUGGCCGUGUCUGGACUGAACUGCAUUGUGGCACCAUUUGCUUAAUCUUUAUUUUUGAUUUAAAAUAAAAAUGGAGCAUCACAUGAAAAAUGUGAACACAAUUUAUAGGAGAUUCUCCUUCUAUUCAGUGGUGUAAUUUCCAGAAAAUUGGUGGUUCCCCUUUAAGGAAUUAUGCUUGUGAUUUUUCCUUAAGAUGAAUUAAUUUGUUUUAUUUACCAACCCAUGGCAAUAGAAGAAGAAGAAGAAGAAAGAAAGCGAUGAACAGGAAGAUGAGGCAGAUCCUGCUUAUUUAGGAGAGGAGCCAGUGAAACCUUCACCACCUAUAAUGACGGAUACACAGGAAGUCGAACAGCUGGUUCGAGACAAAGCAGCUAACAUCAGGAGGAAACCUGGAGAGCCAAUCCUUAUACCUGAACUUAGCCUGUCUGGAACCAUCACUCCAAAUGAUAUGUGUCCAAGGUAAAUGGAAUAACUCCUUCAUUGGCAAACUAUUUUAGGGUGUUUGCAGAUUUAUUUUUACUUGUGCGUUUGAAAUGCAGAAAAAAAAAUAUAAUGCCAAAUGUAAAGAAGAUCCAAUUCAUUAUGAUAUUUUACUGUAGUCACUUUGCCUGCCAAUAAUACAUGAAGUAUAUGUUUGAUUUUUCUCUUGACGUUCCAGGGCGGAAGUGCAGAGACGUGAAGACGUUCAGAAGCACUCCAUGUUUGUAAAAAUUCUUUUCAACAAUAAAGAAGUUUCCAGGACUGUGACAAACCGGUUAGGAUCAGAUUUCCGAGUCCAUCUUGGACAAAUAUUUAAUUUGCAGAUCUUUAAUUGGCCAGAGAGUAUUAAGCUGCAGGUAACCUUGCACAUGCUACGUAUUCUUUUUCUUGUGUUUUCUUGAUCCCAAAUGAAGGAUUUCCAUCCCAGCCACUCUUACUCACGUGCAUUCAUUGCAUUCCUCCAUAAACAACUUGAUUCAUACAAGCAAAUAGCUGGGAAUUCUAAAUCCGAAAUGUUUCAUCCAUUUAAAAAAAAAAAAAGAAAAAAAAAAAAAAAGUGAAAGAUUUUUUUUAUUUUGAAUGAAUUGAUCUUGUUUUGAACAAAUUGAUUUGUUUAUGGAUGAAUACAGCAAAUGCACAUGUCUAAUGUUUGGACACAUAAGAGGGGCCCUAAUCCAAAUAAAAAGGAACAUUUAAAUGUUUUUUUCCAUAAAAUAUUUAAUUAAUAAAAAAACCAUUGGGUCGCUGUUUCUCUUUUAGUGUGUAUGGAUUGUAAGUUAUUCAGACCAUGAAAGGACCUGUCCUAUUACUAGGUUCAGACUUUUUUUUAUAUAGACAUUCACACACUUUCUGGAUGAACAUUUGUAAAUCUUCCAACAGAUAAAUGAACAUUGGUAACCGUGUGACAUGGGAGCAUGUUCUACCCAUGCAGCAGACAAUACUGAUUGCAAAAAGUUACUAAAUUCAAUAUAGUAGGCCAUAAGAAAUAACUGAGCAGAGUAAAAAAUGUGAUAUUCUCUUAACGUCUUUAGACCCUUUGUGAACAGGAAAUGCAGCCAAAAAUAACCAACUAUUUAUUUAAAAAGUUGCACUGGCAUGUUUAUUGUUACAGAUUUUUGAAAGUGGUGGGCUUAGCAGUACCACACUGCUAGCAGAAGUGUUUAUCCCUAUUCCUGAAACCACCGUGCUAACUGGAAAAGCCCCCGUGGAAGAAGUGGAAUUCAGCAGUAAUCAACGAGUAAUGUUCAAUCAUGAAGGUGUCGGCAGCGGUAAGCCUACACCACUUGCUAAACAAAUUAGAUUAAAUUCGGCACUGUAUAGUAUUACACCUUACCUACUUGUACUAGAUCUGGAAUAUUGUUUCUAUUGCCAGCAUCUAUACUUCGUUACAUUUCAGUAAACACACUGUUUGUUUAGCCGCUAAAGGGGGAACGGAGACUGCCGUCUAUCUCUCUUUUUGCGAUUUACCACGAUAUUACUGAGAAACAAUCUUACAGUUGCCACUAUAACUAUAUCUUACAUCACACCUUAUGAUGUUAGAAUUAUCCCAAGAUUCUGUAUACCUUUCGAUUAUUAUGUUCAUUGGCUUGUUGUAAAUAUAGCGUUUAGUCGAUGGUCUCCCACGGAUUUAUAUGCACAAUUUUGGAUUUGUAUGUUAUUCACAAUUGCCAGCCACUAUAGAAGCCGAUUGGCAUGGGUUUAUUUGUUACAGCUAUUGUCCUAUUACCAGUUGAGACAAAACAUUGUGCCAAUCCUCAAUGUGAUAUAUUAGCCCACUAGUGCAUACCAUUAUUUUAAUAUUUUCUUUUGGUAGAUAUGUAUAUUUUUGUUUUCAGGGUGGUGGUGUCGUAUACAUAUAUAUAAGCUUUAUUCUACAUGUGUAUUAAAAGUUAAGUUUUAUGGUUAUACCUGCCUAUUUUUAGUUCCAUUCUAUAGGGACACUAGUUACCUACUAUCCCUUCCUCCUGUCUUUGACGUCUUAGUUGUGUGCUUGUUUUCCCAGGAACCAUCAGCACGUUAAAGGGACACUGUAAACAAAUAAACAACGUUAGCUUAGUGGAGUGCUUUUGGUGUAUAGAUAGAAACAUAGAAUGUGAUGGCAGAUAAGAACCAUUCGGCCCAUCUAAUCUGCCCAAUUUUCUAAAUACUUUCAUUAGUCCCUGGCCUUAUCUUAUAGUAAGGAUAGCCUUAUGCCUAUCCCACGCAUGCUUAAACUCCUUUACUGUGUUAACCUCUACCACUUCAGCUGGAAGGCUAUUCCAUGCAUCCACUACCCUCUCAGUAAAAUAAUACUUCCUGAUAUUAUUUUUAAAUCCUUUCCCCUCUAAUUUAAGACUAUGUCCUCUUGUUGUGGUAGUUUUUCUUCUAUUAAAUACAGUCUCCUCCUUUACUGUGUUGAUUCCCUUUAUGUAUUUAAAUGUUUCUAUCAUAUCCCCCCUGUUUCGUCUUUCCUCCAAGCUAUAAAUGUUAAGUUCCUUUAACCUUUCCUGGUAAGUUUUAUCCUGCAAUCCAUGAACCAGUUUAGUAGCCCUUCUCUGAACUCUCUCUAAGGUAUCAAUAUCCUUCUGAAGAUACGGUCUCCAGUACUGCGUACAAUACUCCAAGUGAGGUCUCACCAGUGUUCUGUACAAUGGCAUGAGCACUUCCCUCUUUCUACUGCUAAUACCUCUCCCUAUACAACCAAGCUUCUGCUAGCAUUUCCUGCUGCCCUAUUACAUUGUCUGCCUACCUUUAAGUCAUCAGAAAUAAUCACCCCUAAAUCCUUUUCCUCAGAUGUUGAGGUUAGGACUCUAUAAAAUAUUCUGUACUCUGCCCUUGGGUUUUUACGUCCAAGAUGCAUUAUCUUGCACUUAUCCACAUUAAAUGUCAGUUGCCAAAAUUCUGACCAUUUUUCUAGUUUACCUAAAUCAUUUGCCAUUUGGCUUAUCCCUCCUGGAACAUCAACCCUGUUACAUAUCUUAGUAUCAUCAGCAAAAAGGCAUACCUUACCAUCAAGACCUUCUGCAAUAUCACUAAUACAAAUAUUAAAGAGAAUGGGUCCAAGUACAGAUCCCUGAGGUACCCCACUGGUGACAAGUCCAAGCUUCGAAUAUAUUCCAUUAACUACAACCCUCUGUUGCCUGUCACUCAGCCACUGCCUUACCCAUUCAACAAUAUUCAAAUCCAAACUUAAAGAUUGCAGUUUAUUGAUAAGCCUUCUAUGUGCAACAGUGUCAAAAACCUUACUGAAAUCUAGGUAAGCAAUGUCUACUGCACCACCCUGAUCUAUAAUUUUAGUUACCCAAUCAAAAAAAUCAAUAAGAUUAGUUUGGCAUGAUCUCCCUGAAGUAAACCCAUGUUGUCUCUGAUGUUGAAAUCCAUGUGUUUUUAGAUGUUCAUCAAUCCUAUCCUUUAACAUGGUUUCCAUCACUUUCCCCACUACUGACGUAAGGCUUACUGGCCUAUAGUUGUCCGACUCCUCCCUAUUACAUUUCUUGUGAAUGGGCACAACAUUCACUAACUUCCAAUCUUCUGGGACUACUCCUGUUAACAAUGAUUGGUUAAAUAAAUCUAUUAAUGGUUUUGCUAGUACACCAUUAAGCCCUUUUAAUAACUUUGGGUGUAUUCCAUCAGGUCCCAUUGAUUUACUUGUCUUUACUUUUGACAGUUGAAAUAGAACCUCUUCCUUUGUAAACUCACAUGUAACAAAUGACUAAUUUGUCCUUUUUCCUAACUGAGGCCCUUUUCCUUAAUUUUCAUCUGUAAAUACAGAUGAUGGUCCUGUAGUCUAACUGCUCGAUUCUCUUUCAUUUAGAUUUGUUUUGUUUUUUUAAAUAGUUUUUUUUCAUUAAGGCAAUAGUCACAAGCAGAGGCAGGUCACAGGCUACAAUUUCUUGGCUUUAAAUCAUGCUCCAAGAGCUUGGAACAUUUAGAAUGUGUUGCCUUCUGCUCUGUUAAUAGUCUGCUAGAGACUGCAGGAACCCCCUGCAGUCUCUGCAGAAACAGAAACAAAUGUGAUUUUAACUCUUAAAUGGCAGAGAAUUGAGCAGUGAGGCUGCACAGUCAUGAUCUAUACACCAAGACUGCUUCAUCAAGAUAAAGUUGCUUUGGUCCUUAGAGUGUCCCUUUAAACAUUGAAGGAUAGGUUCGAAAGGUAGCUAAAAGCUAAAUUGUCCAUGACUGUAUUUCCAGAUCAGGACUGUAGUGUCUCUAUUACAGGGUUUUAUUUUUUGUACUCUUCCAAAGAUUUCCGCCUCGGCCAGAUGGCUGUUUCUUACAUGUAUGUGUAGAGUAUUUUUGAUGUUAUCCUCAAAUUUCACUUCUACAAAUUCUUUGAUCUGGUUAAUCUGUUUUCGGUAAUUCUAUCUUUCCAUCAUGACAUUUUUAUAUCUUAUAUACAUGCACCAUGUACUGGGGUGCAAGUGGUCUGUGUAGUGGAUGUAACAGUGAGUGUAUUGUAGCAUGUGUUCAUUUUACUCUAUGAUCUAGAGUUGCAAAUAAUUUCUCUUCUCAUCCUUCUUUUAUAUUGUUAGAUGUACCAUUUUCUUUUGAGUCCGAUGGUAGCAAUAAGAUGUCUUUAAUGACUUCAGGAAAAGUGUCUUACUGUGUUUCUUGGGCUGUUGGAGAAAAUGGAGUACCUUUGGUCCCUCCCAUAUCACAACAAAUUAUCAACAAUCAAAGGUAAAAAAAAAACCCCACCUGUGUUUACACUUUGUGAUGCAUAUAGGGGCAUUGUUAUGGUCAAAAAAUAUAUGGGACUUGACCUAAAAAAUAAAUUAAUGACCCCACCCUUGCCCUUCCCCAUUCCACAGCUUAACUUUACUUUGUGGCAAUUGGUAAAUGAUUACAAUGACCUGUUUGUUAUGUAAAUGUAUUUAUUUUCAUCCAUACAUUUUCUACCAAUUUAGGAAAAACCAUUCAUAGAUAUCAGCCUUCAUAUCCUUUUGCAUAACAAAUUCACAGAUUAAUUCUAUAUUAUAGAAUGUCAUCCAUUAAUGCAAGAAGAGCUCAGGUCCCUUGAAUCUCAUUAAAGGGGCACUAUAGUGUCAGGAACAAAACCGUGCAUUCCUAAAACACUAUGGUUCUAAAACCACUGUUUAGGUGGUCUGCCCUCCUUAGAAAGGUUAUUUACUCAAAUUUUUCCAGCACUGCAUCUAGACGCUGAACUUUUUCUAUAGAGAUGCAUUCUCUAUGAGAAGAUUCUGAUUGGCAAGAGUGGUGCUUGGCUCCACCUUCUUGGAUGACAUAGUCAAAAUUGAUGAUAUCAGCCAAUUACAAUGCUUUCCCAUAGGAAAGCACUGUAUUAGCUGAGUUCUUCAAUUUCCGAUGAUAUCAGCCAAGGGGGUGGAGCUGUGGGCGCGGUCAAACGCCACGCCACCAUGGCCAAUCAACACCUCCUCGUAGAGAAUGCAUCACUAUGGAGAAAGUUCAGCAUCUCCAUGCAGAGCCUAAGAAGUGGCCACUUGAGGUGUUCCUAGGGAGCAAUGUAAACACUGCCUGGUAGUGUUAACAUUAAAAAGCCUGCAGGGACUGACUAUACUCACCAGAACAAAUCCAAGUAGCUGGUGUUUAUAUAUUUUGACAUUUUUGCACAGUUCACCAACAGAUAUCACAUCAUCAUGUAUGCGACAUCCGCCAAAGAGUAUACCGAUAAUGGUGCAUAUUAUAACAUAGGGGAAAAAAGGAAACUGAACGGAGGGUUUUUCUAUAGGUAGUAUAAAAGAGCUCAGCCAAAAAGAGUGCCACAAUAUUUCUAUUGACAAUAGUCACUAUUACUAUAGAUAACAGACCAUAUAUGAUACCUCACAUUAAUUCUGACUAAUUAAAUAUGUACUGAAUAACUGGAGGUGGGAGUAUAGUGAAGACAUGUAAGAUAUUGCCAUGCAGUGGUGAGAUGGAUUUAGAAAUAGACUAGGAAAAAAAAAAAAAAACUAUAAAACAGAAAAACAAAGUGUCUUGGUAAACUACGAAGCCAUCAGGCUUCCAUUCAGGCGGUAGUUUCAGGUCGUUGUAGCAACAUAUGCGUCUUCACUGACUCCUCUUGGGAUAAACGGUGUAACUGAGGAUGGAUCCCAGUGAUGUAGAGGUGUUAUGGAUGGGACUCCUCUAAGAGAAUUCAAUGGUAAGCCCAGGUUUUCAAGCAUGGCUUUUGCGAAAUCCCGGAUAGGUCUUUGUGAACUGCCAUGAGACUCAUAGAGUGUGCAGGAAAGGUUCCAAAGAUAGCGACUAUUACGUUCUCUGAGAAUGGUGGUGAAGGAGCGAAGAGAUCUUCUACAAGCCAGCAUUCCAGAAGAAAAGUCUGCAAAGAAGGUGCUUUGCAUAGAUUCGAACUGGAAAGAAGAUUUUUUUCUAAUGGCUGCGGCCUUCUUUCUGCCGGAUUUGAAUUGGACCACCAUAUCGUGUGUUGCUGUUGCGGGUGCUCUGCCCAGUUUCGGGAGCCUGAAAAAUCCUUCCAGGUGUACUUAGCCUGCUUAUGGAUAAGGCCAUAAAAAGUCUCCUCAGACUUCUGCCGCCUCUAUAUAAUCGGAAAUGCCUCAUCUCGAGGUUAUUUCUGCAGCAUGCAUCCUCGAGCUUCGCUAUAUGCCGCUCCUUUAGCCCCAAAGUGUGCUGCAUCCUGGGAAGAUUGCUCCAAGGAAGCAAAUCACUGUAGGUGACCCCUCAUGGCAUUUUCCACCGUCUGGAGUCGUCCCAUGAGGCCAGAGAGGUCUGACCUGAGUGCCACCAGGGUCGUGGUCUGCAUAUCAGGCAACAGAUUUUUCAUCACAGCUGUGGUGAUCGGGGAAGAGUCUAUCGGCUCUGGAGCACUGGCAGCUUUUGAACGUGCUGGCAAGCAAUUUGUCAUUCUCACCAUCUGCUUAUAACUCCUCCAAGAAAUCUGAGCGGCCGAAGAAGGAGGCCACCAUAGGCCCCAUGGUUCCCCUGGCCGCUCUAGUCUGGCGAAAGAGAUCUCCAAUAUAGCCUGGGCUUUUUUUUGUUUUGAGGCCCAUCCCUAGUAGGGUGAUCCUGGAUCACGGUAAUUCCUCGGUCAGAGGUACAAAAAUGUGUGAAAUACACCGAAAUUUCACUUUUGAACUAGGAACUACGGGAUUACACGUCCAUCCCCUCAAAGGCUUGACUCCGCCCCCUAAUGUUCAUACAUUAUGGGAUAGUCUGCUAGUUUGAUGAUGUAGUAAUCCUAAAAUGUCAAUGCUGCCAGUGCAAUUGGUACUUUUUAUACACAGCACCACAGGAGAUGCCAAUAACUUCAUCAUUAGCCUGUCCAACCUUAGGCAGCAGUCAUAUGCUGAGACUAUUAAAUUAAUAAUAAAAAAAUAAAAAAGAGCAACAGGGACAAAUACUGAUAUUUUUAUUUUUUUACUUUGGUAAUAUCUUGAUGGUAAAGCUCAAAUGAGGAAUGUAGAUGUAUUCAUAAUGGAACAGUCAAAUACCUUAAAUAAGGAAAUAAAAUAUAUAUAUGUAUAUUGCAAAAGAGAGAGAGAGAGACUGGAGAAAAAAAAUGUUUUUUUCAUUUUUCCCUAUCUGCGUCAUGGAAUGCCAAUGUGAGCUGUCAUUGAGCACUGACUUAAAGCAGUAAUUAAACCCCACCCUCACUAAUACAUUACUGAAUUCUACACUGAUUUGGAGCACCACAGCCAUCUGCUUUGGAGGUGAACGAACUGGUUCCCCAUAUGGACUUUGCUAAUUUAUACAAUGUUCAGCCAUAUCCAUCUGCUGGGCAUGAGGAGCAGGGAUGAAUUUUUAUGUAAUUUUUCUACAAAUCUGUUGAUUUUUAAGUAAAUAUGUGUAGUUUUACAUGUAUUCAUUUUUAUUUUAAAUUGUUCGGGAUUCAAAUACAAGUGUUGAAGAUCAACAUGAAGCUAUAAUUUCUAUUUAAAUAAAAAAAGGCUACACUGCCAAAACUACAUCACCCAGAGCAGAAUGAUUUCACUGAUUACUUUUAUCUACUUAUAUAUUUUACUUGGCUCUAUCUCUUUGGGUUUUUUUUUUUUGGUUUUUUUUUACAGUGUCCAACAACAUAGGCAGUAGAUCUUUGUUGAGAAGGUAUGCCCUUGCUCUUGUAUAUUAUCUUAAACAAACCUGCUUUUCCAUUUUAGAGCGUUCAACAGAACGGAUGCAGUUGCAUCUAUAGGAGCAUCUGGAUUAGCGGAUAUGAAGAAAUUAGCCAAAUGGGCUGCAGAAUCCAAACUUGAUCCAAAUGAUCCCAACAACGCAGCUCUCAUGCAGCUUAUAAUGGUAAUAAGAGAGACACAGAAAAUAUAUCCAUACAUAAUGCUGUUUUAUUUGUGCUUUUUCCUGACGUUUGAAUGAAUUAAGGAAACAUAAUCUACAGUCAAUGUAUUAUAUUAUGUCAUUAUCUUUUUGCCAUUACAAUAAUAAGAUAGGAUGACGAUAUUCUUAUGAGAGAAUAAAAAAAAGAAAUCACUUGCAACUGAUGUGAUUUGUCUGGAACUCAAAGUAAACACUAAAGUGAAUUUUAAAUCUUCAGCCAAAAUACCUGCCAACAUAGCGGAUUAAGAGAAUAUUUUUCAGUUUUGGUCUAAAAUUUAAAAUUCACUUGACAAUUCAUAAAACGUCUGUAGCUCUAAUGGCUAAACAUGGCACAGCACAUUUGUGUGAAUUAGAUUUUUCAUUUAGGUUAUCCAUAAAAAUACAUUGUUAUUGGAACAGUGUUCAUCUACUUUCCCCAGUGUCAUAAAAUAUCAGUGCUGUCCUAAAAUAUCAGUGCUUGCAGUGUUAUUGGUACCUUUUACAUACAGCCCUAUGAGAAAUACCAAUUAUUUCAUCAUUAGCCUGUCCAAUGUUAAGCAGCAGUGAUAAUCUGAGAUUAAGAUAAUUUGCCUCUCAUGCUCAUAUCACCGGUGCCAUCCAAAUCCAUGACUAAGGGGCUGAGCUUUAGGCGCCAGGGGAGCCCCAGUUUUUGUCAAACUACUCAAAAGAAUGGGAUGGGACCUGAAGACAUUUUUUGGCUAGCUUGGGGAAUACAUAACUGAAUUUCUAGGUUAUCCAUCAGUGAUAAAUUGUUAUUGGAAUAAUGUUUAUCCCCUUUCCCCACAUCAUGCUUAUAACUGCAAUAAAAUGUUGAAGGGCAGCUCAAAAAUGCUGUUUUAAAACCUCAAUUCUCAUACCUGUAGGGUUUGCCCACUUAACAUGUGAAUACCCAUAUUCUAUCAAUAAUAAAUUAGGUUGUUAAUACCUACAGAGGCACCAAGUGAUGAUUUUUUCUAUUUUUUAUUUUUAAUAUUUUUUUAUUUUAUAAAAAAAGUCUUAUAUGACUCCUAUGCCUUACCAGUAACACUCAGUUUAAUUACAUUGCAUUUGGCUGGUUGAGUCUCAUGGUAAAAUGUAGUCAGCGAGAACUGCAGUACUUAAGGUAGGGCAUCUGAGGUCACUACUAAAAAGCUUAGUUCAAUUUCUAAAUGCAGAGUAUUAGACAAAGUCCACCUGGCUGGGGAGCAGUGCUUUCAGUUCCUGCCUGGGUGAGACUGCAGUGGAAAGCUGUUUGCCGGGGUGAGUGAGUGUGGAUAGGACGUAAACUGCUGUGUUCAUAAUUUAAAGGACAUAAACAACAUGUUUGAUCAAACAGACACAUCACAAGGUGUAGUUUAAAAAAAAUAGUUAAAAACCCCAACAGAAAUUUUUUUUAUUAUAUAGUUUUAUUUUUUUUAUUGCAAGAAAAACUGGUGGACGAGCCUCCACCGGUACUUUGGACAUGUAUUCUCCCAUCUCUGUUUCCACGUUUUGUAGAGUUCUAUGUUGAAAUAAAAUCUAAAUUAAGAUGAUUUUUUUUUUUUUCAAUUUGAUUUACAUACCUGACACUUUGAAGGUGCAAUUUUAAAACAAAUAAAGUUCUGAAGAAGAAUCAGUAGGGUUGAAUUAAAAAAUACAUAUCCCAAAACUUUAAACAUUUCUGGAGCACUGUAGUACUCAUUAUGGGAAAAUUUUAAAUAAUUUUGUGCAAGCUACCACUCAUCCUAGAGAAGGCUGUCCACUAAAAAUCAAUGACCAGGUAAGAUAAGCAGCCAAAGUUAAUCAUCAAAGAGCUGGACAGAUCGCAGGUGACUUGUAAGAUCAGUGGGACACCUUUUAAUCAUGAUGCUCCACCAAACAGAAAUUCAUAAACACGUGUUGAGGAAGAAAACAUAUAUCAUAUCCCAUUUAGAGUUCGCUAAAAGGUAUGCAUGAGACACGGGUAACAUGCAGAAAAAAAUUCUCGGGUCUGACAAAGUUUUAAAUGUAAUUUAUUGGUCUGUGUAAAACCUUUAUUUGCUGAGUAGACUGAAGGCUUCGUAUGUUCAUUAGAACACCGUCAUCACAGUGUGGGAUGUAUAGUUGAAGCAUAUUGUAAGGAUGCUUUUUAUCUGAAGAGACUCAGAAGUUUGGCAUGGUUCAGGAAAUGGAUGGAGCCAUAUAAAAGGAUGUUGUAGAGGACACCUGAGAUUGGGGCAGAUGUUUCACCUUCCAACAAGAAAAUUACCUCACAUUGUCACUGAAGAUGUUUGAUAACAAGAAUUUGAAUAUCUUAAAAUUGACUACUUAAAGCUUGGACCUCUGUCUAAUUGAGAAUAUUCACCAGCUAUCUUUAUCCAAGCUGACAGAGCUUUAGCAAUUGUGCCAAGAAGUAUUGUAAAAAAGGCAGGGUCCAGAUGUGCAAAAAAAACCUCUUACCAGGGUUAUUUACCAAAGUGAGAAUUUAAGUAAAUUGUAAAUUUACGGUCAUAUUGGCUGAACUGGAAAAUUAUGUCAGUCAGCUACACUUUUAAUCCAGCAACUCUGAAUUUAAAUCUAAAAUGUAAUAAUUGCACAACCAACAAAUGUCUGUUUUUUUUUUGUGGGGUAUUCUUUUUAUAAUCUUUAAUGCCACCUUAUAGCGCUAUAAAAUGUGGCAAACAAUCAGGUGGCAAGUACAGUGACGUAGUUUGUUAGGUAAUCAGUUGGUCAUCAGUGUAAUCAAGGCUGCAUUUACUGGCUUGCCAUUUUAACAGUCAUCCUAUAUAUACAUGUACCAGGGUUCUAUAUAAUAUUAAUAAUAAUAAAACCACUUUAGCUAGAGGAAGUCCAGAUAAAAAGUUACUUGUGAAACAUUCAAAAAUAUCAUCUCUUACAUAGCUAAUUAUGCAUCAUUUUCUGGAAAUCUUUUUAGAUUGCAAAUACUGGAGAUGCCUAUGUUCCGGAAUUUUUCAGACUCGAGCAGCUACAAAAAGAGUUUAAUUUUGUGUCUGAUGAAGAAUUAAACAGAUCUAAAAGGUUUAGACUGUUACAACUGCGCAACCAGGAGGUACCAGAAUUUAAUAAUUAUAAACUUGUGCCUAUAAAGGAGCGGGAGAUCCCUGAAAAGAUGUUUCUGGUAAGUACAAGAACCGUAUCUCUCUGUACAAAAUACAUUCGAUGAAUAUAGGUCAUGUAUUAAUUUCAGGAACAGUAAACUAGUUUGUUCACGGAGUUUAGAGACUACAGUUUCUUCAAAACAGAAUCUAUAUGCAUGUGUCUGCACCUUAGGAAUGAACAACAUGUUUCAAAAAUUAAAUGACAUCCCUAAAGACCUAAAUUUGUUAACCAUAUAAUUCAGAUUAUAGGUUGGUUUUCAAAAUGUAUCAAGUCAUGAGAAUUAUGGCAAAUGUGUCUUGAUCUGAAUCAACAGUAUCAAAGCCAACUCUUGUCUCCUGUGUCACAUCUGGUAAAUCUUGACCCUAAAGUAUGCAGGUGGCAAUAGGAAGCUUGAUCUGUUUGAAGGAUUUCCAGUUUUCACUUUACAUUUCGUAGUGUAAAAAAAAGAUCAUUUUACAAGGUUUACUCAUAAUGCUGGUAGCCUGCAAGAACACAACACUAGUUCAGCCAAGUAGCUAUGUAAUGAUGUUUGCGAAUAUUCUUGGAAUAAUUCCUACAACAGAAUGUUCCCCAGUGCUAUUACAUAACAUAAGAGUAUAUCUGGCUACAGCACUGGUUUCUAGUGAAAUGAAUCUAGAUCGUUAGAGCUCACAUUAUCAAGAAUAAUUAAGGUUCUUGUAUUUUCCACCAUGAAGGAAUAUGAGAAGAAAUUGCGUGAACAGGAUGUAAGCACUGCUGAGAAUCAUUUGGAUGCGCGCCGAGUCCUGGUUGCCAAGUAUCUUCAGAAGGUCAGUUAGAGCUGUUAGUGAUUUAUAGCGUGCACAUAUUUGCUCAUGUUUGUGCGUGAUUAUCACAUUUCUUCCUGCGGGAUAAAAAGAUAAUUCAAAAACAGGAUGUAAGAGAAUACUAACGGACAAAACGUCCCUUAGUUCCCCUUCGAUUUGUCACUGCUGUCGCAAACACAUUGUAGAACACUUGUGUCCUUGAAGUGGCAAUCUAUUUUAUUUGUGUGUCAGACUGAUGCCGCAAACAAGGGCAGUCCAGAACCAAACUGCUAUACAGGUCCUCUCUGCACAUGAGAUACAGCAACCCUCAACAGUCAGUUUGGACCUCUUUAGCUGUUGUCAAUAAGUUGUUGCUGUUACGCCUCUGGACACUGUGAGCAAGGGUCCACAUGGGGAUAACCCUUUUUACUUAGUUUUGAUUUAUGCAGACAAGCCAAAACAGGAUGUACAGUUGUAUCUCUAUAUUUUAGUUGGCGUCCUAACAAUUUGUAAAAGAUUUUAUAUACUACAACACAAAACGUAUCUCUUUUUAUUUGCUGCAGAACUGAAUAAAGCUUGUAUUUUUUUUUUUUUGAUGUCUUAUAGCACACACUAAUAGAAUUCCUGGGAAUAUUUGUGGACACUAAAUAACCUUUCCUUUAUGAAUUCAUCAGAGUUGUCGGUGAUCUAUAUUUAUCUGAAAUUAUCCAAAAAACACUUUGUUUUCAUGAGACAAGUAGGGUAAAGAUAACUUUACCGGCUAACCUAGUGCAUUUAGAGUGGACGUUUUCAUCACCAUACUUCUGGCUUGCUGUGAUAACCUAAUGGCCUUGAAAACUUGCAGUCUAAAUCUGCUUGAUUAGUCAAUAGAGUGUUCACAUUUAGAUAACUUGUUACCUAUCAUCCUACAACAUGGUGCCACUAUCUACUUACAGUUCAAAUUCCUUCUAAAUGUAAUUAACACUUUUUGUGGUUGUGGUGGUUUUAUUUUGGACAGGUCAAGGAAUCUGUAAUGAACAGGUUCUUGAUAGCCAAGCAUCACUUCAUUCUACCUGACUUGGUUGUUGAAGAGACGAUACCAAGUCUUGGGUAAGUAACCUUUUACACUUAUGCAGAUUUACAUGGACGAAUAAUCUUUGCAUGUAUUACUAUAUCUGCAUGUACAGCCCCAAACAUUAAUUUUCCUUCUGUUUAUGCUUAAAAUAACUUUUGAUUAAUGCCAUGUAAUUACUAGGUAUUUUAAAGAUUCAUAUAGUAUUUUAAAGAGUUAUAUGGCCAGGAACAGUAGAGUUCCUGAAGAAAUGACGGUUUAAUAAGUAAAAUCCUUCUGAUAAAAUCCUUUUUAUUUUUUAAAUGGGCUCGAUUUAAUAUUUUUGAAGGACUUAAUUUUUUUUUUUUUUACUUUUCAAUUUAUAUUUUAUUGCAGCAUUGCAUAGGAUAAACAACAAUCCAAACAAAUAAAACAAAGUGACACUUUUUUUUUUUGGUCAGGUGCAAGAAUAGAAAUCAUGGCAUAAAGUCACCAGCAGGUUUUUUUGUUUUUUAAAUUCUUUAUUUUGAAAGGUUUUUGGUUUUACAGAAGGGAAAAGCCACACAUCAUUUGACAUUUUAUAGCAAGUAGUAUCAGUUGGGUGAAUACACAAUGCAGGGGACAAGACAUCAGAGACCUUGUCGUGCUCGCUUGUUCGGGGCACACAGUUGACACGGUUGCUGUGUGGAUAGUUUUGGCCUGUAUGGUGCCCUAGGCUGUUAAUUAGUUUACCCUUUGUGGAUCUGGUUGAGCGGUGCAAGCAUAUCUGAGAAUGGCCCGGGCGGAGAUAUAUACAAUGUGCAUCUGAUGCUGUGUCGCCCACCUGGUAUCCUAUGUCGGUGUGUAUUCUUGUCAUGAGGGUGGCUAAUAGAGAACCAGGGGGGGAAAAAGUACAGUGGGAUGUCAGACGGCGAAGUGUGAGUUGUGAUCAGGAGCCCUAGCUGGGAAUUUGUAUGCAGGGGAUUUGUGUGCCGUGGGUGUUUGCAGGUGUCUGAUGUGGAGAGAUUGCCUACUGCUUCCCGUAUUUGCGGUCCCUGUCAAAGAUAUGCUAGAUUCCCCGGAAUGCCGCUAGCAGGUUUAAAUGUUUAUGUCAGACUGCGGUAUGUAUUGUCAGCUAGUGUUCUCCAAGUUUGUGAUGUCAGCAGAGAACCCACACUGUCAAGUCAGUGUUAAUAGGUACAGCCUAAUUAUUAAAAACAUGUUUACUACAACAGAAAUGUUUACAUCAGUAUGCUAUAAAGGCAAUAUCAGCUAUGAGUUGCACACAUAAUAAGUUGGCUGAUACUGUUUAGUAAUACACACGCUUACAUUUGGAGGGGAUUUAAGCUUUUUGGGAGUGUAGUAACUGUUUUACAUACAAUAAUCGGGGCUUUUGGUUCUGUAAGUUAAUUACUAAUCAAGUCACGAUGAAUGACUUAAUAAAGAACUGAACCGAAAAGGUACCAACAUCAGACAAACAGUAACACAAAAAACAAACAUACCAGGUAUCAUAUCUCCAGCUAUGGGCCGGCAAAUUAAAUAUUAAAAAAAUAUUUUUCAAUAAACUUUUAAAAAUUAUAUAAUGAAAAUUUUGUUAAUCUUUAGCUUUUAAAAAAAAUGUAUUUAUAUAUUUUUAUUUUUGGUAAUUUACUUUUUAAAAAAAAUUAAAUAAAUAAAUAAAACAAAAGCUUGUCCAAAAAUAUUAAAUUCGAGUUCUAUCUUUGAAGAAGUGGCAAUGUGUUUCUUUAAUGGCAAUGCAUUCUGUGGCAAGAACUGCUGAAAUAACUCCGUGUACCACUAGCUCAUUUUGCCAUUUCUAAGGAAAAACCAUAGAUUACAGCUAUUUAAGAGUAGAUUGUGUAUUACAGAUCCAUUUACAAGUUUUUUGUUUUUUUUGUUUGUUUAUAUUUUGGGGUGGGUUCCGGAAAGAUAUAAAAUAACCUAUUUUGGAUAACUCCAGACCUUCUAACUAUUUAAUGUUUACUCCAGGGCCAGUAAAGGCUUGUGCUCAGCACAAAGUGCCCUUUCGCCAUUUGUAAAAACAAGACCCAAGAUUCUGGCAGAAUCCCAGCUUAAUUAUGUGCAGGUGUUAGUUGAGCUCUUUACACUCUCUGGUUGAAAUGAUCAGCUGGUUUUAUCCGCACUGAUCUGACUGUAGCAUCUGAUUGAGCCGACUCCUAGACCUAACUGUGUAGCCCUGGUAUUUUACUGAUAGUGUCCGUGUAUAUGGCACAGUGAAACUGAAUAUUAUUAUAAAUUCCAACAACCACAGUCACUAUCGCAAUGUACAGACCAAUGUUGCAAUCCGUACCAUUGAGAUAACCGUCUCAGAUAAAGUUGUUGCUAUUUAUUUAGCUUACUAUAUUUGUUAUAUAUGCCAUAUAAAUUAAGAAAACACUUUGCAAUUUGUCUACAUAUAUCCUGAGUGUACACAGUUAUCCAAUUUGGCUAUGAUUAUCCUUUUAAUCUGUUCAUUUAUUUAUUUUAUUCUUAUCCAGGGUGCUUUAAUGGUAUUUAUAGCUUAAUUGGUCUAUACAUUGUCAUUGGGAUGAUAACCAUGCUUGAUUCAACAUAUAUUUUGCAUGUCUCGAAGUUAAUCUUUGUUACCUGUAGGUGCGUUGAAAUCAAGGUUACCCCUAUUUCAUGGUUUCUUGCCUCUCUAUGUGUAUCAGUAAAGACUAGGGUAGUCCGUCUAACUGUUCUGUCUCACAUCUAAUUAACUUGUUUCACAAUCACAGUUUGCAGCAUGAACGAACAUAGUAUGUGUCUGUUUUAAUGAUUGAUGUUUAUACUCUUCCUCUGCUUCUCAUUGUUUUCUAAGCUCUGGUGGCUCCGGGUAUGUCAUCUUUCAUUGUUUCCAUUUUACUUUUCAUCUGACUCAUGGACAAUAAACCAGGAGUGUUUAAUAAACUGACAGUAUUGAUCUAGUUAGCGCAUUGAUUAUUGUCUUUGUGUAUUAUACGUACAUGUAAAAAAAAUCUUUUCCAUAAACACGGAUUAACGUUUCACUGAGCACAGUCCCUAUUAGUGGACUUUUUUUGUGGUCACUUACUAUUUUAAUCAAGGAACGUUGGAUUUUUAUGGACACACAAAUUCUAUUUCUAUUGACACAUGCUAGUUAUUGCUUUUUUUAGUCCAUGUUUUAUUUUUAAGCAAACAUGCUUGAUGUCGUCCAGCAACAUCCAGAAUAUCAAUUCGAAACACAGGCCUUGAUCACAAUCAGUCUUUAGACAAUUAUUUUUAACAUGUUUACAGCUGCCAAUGAGCCAUUAACGAUGUCAGUACAAUCACCCCAUUCUGAUACUUUCCAACCGUGUGUUCUGCACAAGUGCCACUAUACAUUACAUAGGCUGAAAAGAGACAUGUGUCCAUGAAGUUCAGCCUUCCUCACAUGUUUUUGCUGUUGAUCCAAAAUAAGGCAAAAAAAACCCAGUUCGAAGCACUUCCAAUUUUGCAACAAACUCCCUCUUGACCCCAGUAUGGCAGUCAGAUUUAUCCAUGGUUCAAGAAGCUAUUACCCCACAUUGGAAAAUUAUAUAAUGGAAUAUUCUGUUUUUGCAAGUAUGCAUCUAGUUGCUGUUUAAACAUUUGUAUAGACUCUGUUAAAACCACUUUUCCAGGCAGAGAAUUAUAUAUCCUUUUUGCUUUUACAGUAAAAAAAAAACAUUCAUUUGCCUUAGACCAAAUCUUCAUUCUUCCAGUCUAAACAUAUAACCUUGUGUCCUUUGUAAGGUGUUUGUGAAUACAUUCCCACACAAUGGUUUGUACUGGCCCCGGAUAUAUUUGUAUAAUGUUAUCAUAUCCCCUCUCAGGCGACGUUUUUUUAAACUAAAGAGGUUUACAUUUGUUAACAUUUCUUCAUAGCUGAAAUGUUCCAUUCCUUUUCUUAAUUUUGUAGCCUGCCUUUGCACUCUUUCUAGUGCCAUAAUAGCCUUCUUUAGAACAGGUGCCCAAAAUUGCACAGCAUAUUCAAUAUAUGUGGUCUUACCAGUGAUUUAUAAAGAGGAAAAAUUAUAUUUUCAUCCCGAGAAUGAAUGCCCUUUUCCAUGCUGAUUGACAUUGCACAUUGUUGCAUAGUUUAUUGUCUAGAACAAUUCCCAAGUCCUUCUCAUGUGUUAUCCCUAAUUCGCAUUCGCUUCUACUAAGGGUAUAAGUUGCUUGUGCAUUCUUUACGCCAAAGUGCAGAACCUUGGAUUUUUCUACAUUAAAUUUCAUCUGCCAUUUGAGUGCCUAGUCCCCCAGUCUAUCUAAAUCUAUCUACAUUAAUCAGUCAAGCUUAAGAGACCACACACUCUUUGAAUAAAACACACAUAUAUGUAUGUCCGUUUAGAACACAAUAGUUUUAAUGCAACUCUUGUUACUAAUAGAUACUAUUCCUGCUAUCGGCAUCUUUCAACUCACAAUGUAAACAAAGAUCCUCCAAUAUCUCCAUUUAGUUUGUCGCUAAUCCCAGCAUAUUAUUCUUGAGAUGACACUACAUGACACAAGAUGUCAUGCCUUGAAAAAGGCUGUGCAUAUCGGCAAGUAUUCUAAGGGGUUUGUCAUCCCCUGUGCUUGGAGUACCAGUGUAUUGGAUUAUUAUCCCAUAGGAUGUGUGCAGUCCCUACUGGAAACAUAUUUGGUAACUAUAAAUGACGAUGACUAGAGUUGAGCUAAGUUUCAAGUCGAUAAUAAAUUCUAGCUUCAUUGGCAUUACCCUCAGUAAAUUGUAAUUAUGCUGAAAACAUCUAAUAACAGCCAAAGUACAGGAAAUGUUAGCACCUGAACGCUGGUGCUGGAUUGUGAUCAAGGCCUCAGUCGUCAACCAGAAUUUCCAUAUCUGAAUAAAGGAAGUUUUCUUCCAAUGUCCCAGGUCACUAUACAGUUGGGAAUCUGAGUAUAUUUUUUCUCUUUAAACAUUCUCAAUUAUCUUUACCCUGCAAAAUGCAAAUGAUAAACUCUUUUCAAUAAUAUUUUAUUAUUACAACUUUUAGACAAUUCUUCCACCAUUUUAGUUUUUUCAUGUUUAUGGAGUGGUUCUGUUUACAUUAGUUAUUAUAGAGCCAGUUUUUAAUAUACAGUACAGUCCUCUUACGAGUUCAUGGAAAUGGUUGGAAAAUCAAACCUAAUUCAAGUGAGAAAUUAACCCCUUAAGGACACAUGACGGGAAUAUUCCGUCAUGAUUCCAUGUUAUUCCAGAAGUUGUGUCCUUAAAGGGUUAAACAGGUGUUUAACUUUGGAUAAUUGGGUUGCAAGCUGGGAAGCUCAAUACAUUUUAAGUGUCACAGGAAAUCUGUGGAGCAUCAUCUACGUUUGGACUGCAUCACUUAUCAUCCUCAUAACAGUUACUGUUCAAUAGCUGGACAGCUACAGAUUUCUCAGCCUUACAUUUUCCUCUACAAAAAUACCAAGUACCGUUUAGAAAAGUGCAGUGGUUAUGCUUGGUAUUAAAUCAAAAUAAUAAACUAUUAAUCCUUAAAAAGUUUCUUCCCCACAAACAUUUUUUAAAUUGUUAUGUUGAAUAUUUAAACUGUAUCACUUUAAAGAUUCUGAAAUACAUUUUACAGUAAUGAAGCAAUUAUGAUGUUACGUGAAAUGUAUUCAGUUAUACACCUUUCACAUGGCUUUCAUCACAUGAGGCUACGAGAACCAUAUUCCAACCAUUUAUGGUGAACUUUGAUGGGAACGCUAGCAUAGUUAAAUAUUUAGAACAUGUUUAAUCCAAAAAUAAUAUUGUAUAAGGCAGCAGAAGCGUAACCCAAGAUGCGCAUUGUGUUACUUUGACAGAAUCUUAGGAAUGGAUCUUUUUAAAUUGGCCGAGCCAAAACGCCCAUUGAAGCCAAGACGGAAAGAACGCAAGAAAGUUACUGCCCAAAACUUAUCCGAUGGUGACAUCAAGGUCCUGGUUAAUGUCAUUCGUGCCUAUGACAUUCCCGUUAGAAAACCUGUAUCCAGGUAUGCACAUUGUGUUUAAAUAGUCAUUGUUGCAUAGCAGACUUUAAAAGCAGUACUUGCACCAAAAUUAACCCCACCACGGUUAUCAUAUGUUGUGGAGAAGUCUAGACGAGACAUAUCAAAAAAUAAUUUGAUCACCAGGACUAAUAUGGUAUUUGUCGGAUUUCAAGUUAAAAGAUUUCUGACCAACAUUUAAAUGUGCAUACAUAUGUUAGUUGUUUAACUAGUUAUUUUAUGUGUUUAUUUAUUAUUGUAGUUAGAAUACUAGUUAUAAUAUGUCUUUAGAUAUUAUUUUUGUUGUGUUCUUCCUAUAUUAUGAAAACAAACACUUGCCUGUCAAUGCGUUAGCAUCCUGCAGAGAUAAUCGUGUUUCUUGUUUAUCUUUUGUAAAUUCUAGAAUAAUGAGUAAUGAGCUGAGUAUAAUUUGUUUUCAGUAAACCCGCACAACCAUCUCGGUCCGCACGAUCAUUUAAUGAAAUGUUUACAGUAACCGCAUCACCCCAGGUCCAGUCGCAAACACCCGAAUGGACCAUUCACCAGGUACCCAGUUAUUUGAUCUACUUUUUUUUAAAUAAAAAUAUGCACACAUAUGUUUUUACAGCCUGUACAACACAGCUGAUUGGGUUUUGGGGGAAUGCUUAAAACAUCCGAAGAGACUGUGAAUGGCAGCUAGUGUUAAAAACCCUCAAUUGCUGAGAGAAUUAUUUCUGCAUCUUUGUUUUUAUAAAGAAAUUUGGGAACCCCUCUGUUUUAUUGUAUAUGACAAUGUCACUGUGUCAAGCAAUGAGUGACCAUAAGGAACAGAACAGUCUUCAGUGUGUAGUAUGAAGGGUCCCUGCACGUGCAUUUAAUAAAAAAUUAAAAACAUUGUAUUACCAUACUCUGUUAAUUUUAUUUAUCCUGUUUCUGUUAAGGAAUCAAAAAAUGGAAAAUAUUUAAAAAGGGCUACAUCAAGUCCUGUGACUUAAAGAAAGAUUUUGGCUUACUAGGAUUAUUCAGCUGAUGUAAUAGAAUAAAGUUCUCUGGGGAAAAGAACAGCUGUUAACUCUCCUUAAUAUAAGAAAAGGAAGAGAUAUCGUGUCUCGUGUUUUUACGAGAGCGCGUGAAGGUGUCAGCCUACACCUGUUUUAGUGGGCUAUUUUAGCUAAUACAUUCUUUUGUGUAUCGUUUUUUUUUUUUGUUUGUUUUUUUUUCUCUGUACAUUUUUUAUUUUGAUUUAUUUUGUUUGUGGUUAUUCUUGUUCCCUUUAUUCCAUUCAAUGGACUUUUUCUCUUAGGGAUUAAAUGUUAUGUUUUAUAUAUACCGUAUAUUAAUUCAAAUUUAGGAUCUGGUUCUGUUCAGUGCUUUAUUCCUUUCCAUUCUCUGUUGCAUCCUCCAUCUCUUCCUUUUUUGUACAUUUACACCAUGGUUAACCCCCACUAGGAGGGUAUGCAACUCUAGGCUCCACUUGUUUUCUUCUUUAUCUUUCCUUUUUCAAAAACUCCUUAAUAUCAGGUUUAAUGCUGUGUAACUGUAUAGUACUAUUUUAUUAGUCAUCAAAUCAGAGAAGGGCUACUAAACUGGUUCAUGGAUUGCGGGAUAAAACUUACCAGGAAAGGUUAAAGGAUCUUAACAUGUAUAGCUUGGAGGAAAGAUGAGACAGGGGGGAUAUGAUAGAAACAUUAAAUACAUAAAAGGAAUUAACACCGUAAAGGAGGAGACUAUAUUUAAAAGAAGAAAAACUACCACAACAAGAGAACAUAGUCUUAAAUUAGAGGGACAGAGGUUUAAAAAUAUCAGGAAGUAUUACUUUACUGAGAGGGUAGUGGAUGCAUGGAAUAGCCUUCCAGCUGGAGUGGUAGAGGUUAACACAGUGAACGAGUUUCAGCAUGCAUGGGAUAGGCAUAAGGCUAUCCUAACUAUAAGAUAAGGCCAGGGACUAAUGAAAGUAUUUAGAAAAUUGGGCAGACUAGAUGGGCCGAAUGGUUCUUAUCUGCCGUCACAUUCUAUGUUUCUAAUUCUAGAACAUACUUGGCCAAAAUAUAGUUUAGGAAAUUGAGGCAUUUAUGAACUGACACAAUUUUAUUUUCUAUAAAGCAGAGCAAGACCUAUAACUUAUAUAUACAACAAAAUAUCUUUUUCAGUCUAGGGCAUAUCUCUCUUAUGUCUAAAUUCUAUAAGAUGAGGUAAGCUUAUCUCAUGAGGUGGAAAAUCAUUUUUUCCACAGAAGUCAAUAGGAACAUUGCUAUUUAAAGGGACACUCCAGUGCCAGGAAAACAAAUCAUUUCCUGGCACUGCAGGUCUCCUCUCCCUCCCACCCCCCAUCCCAUGUUGCUGAAGGGGUUUAGAACCCCUUCAGUGACUUACCCAAGUGACUUGUCCCUCGGUGCUGGUUUAGGGUCCGCCCACUCUCCUCCCCAUCCGGCGGGGGAGACCUAAUGCUUUCCUAUGGGGAUUUUGGCGACACUGGAGGUCCUCAGAAAACCUGUGCUAUAAACCAGGAAGUCCCCUCUAGUGGCUGUCUAGUAGACAGCCACUAGAGGAGGAGUUAACCCUGCAAUGUAAAUAUUGCAGUUUAUGAUAACUGCAAUAUUUACAGUUGCAGGGUUAAGGGAGUUGGGAAUCCACCAUUUUACACUAUGCUUGUGUACUCACAACACUUUAUCUAAAAGAAGCUAUAUUCGCUUUCAUUAACCCAAGGAAUUAGGUACCUGUAGUCAAAAGAAAAGUGCAUGGGGAACCUUAAUCCCUCCUGAUUGCUUAGUAUUUCGUCAUCCAAAAGAAUGGGCUCCAGAUUAUAGCUGCAAUUUCAUUGAUUUGUAUCAUAAAUAACCUCCUUUUCAGUGCAGAAAUGACACUUUCUAUCCUCUUAUGCCAGGUCUUAGUUCGGCCAUUUGUAGAGGUGUCUUUUCAACGUACUGUGUGCCAAACGUCAACUGCAGAUGGACCAAAUCCAAAUUGGAACGAAGAACUGGAGCUACCUUUUAGGUGACAAAAAAAAAAUAUGCACCUUCUUAAAUAUCCUCUCAUUACAAACAAAUGUAACACUGGAUUUAAAAACAGAAUAGUGUGUGCAUGAAUGAAUAUACAGUAUGAAUGUAUAGUGAAAUGACUCAUUUGGUUUGUGCAACAGCUUUACUAACUACAAUUCCGGUUCCAUCCUCCGUGUCAUAGUUUUGAUCCCUGAAAGGGUAAGAUCUAUCCCUUCACCAUUGUGUAUUCAUUGUUUUCAAACAUAAUAAGCUACUUAGGAUAGAAGCUGUAAACGUGCAAAUUUAUACCUCCACACCCCAGUUUAGAACAAAGAUUAUUUAUGAGUUGUAAUAAAAAUUAUCUUUAUUUUAGACCAUAUUAAAACUAUUACAUGGAGUCAGAAAAUAGCUAGGAUGAAAAUAGACCUGAUAAAACCACGGAGGUUAAAGCAUAAUGCUUUUUAAUAAUGUCUAAAAUGAAGAUUAUUCUUAUUACAAGCCACAAGCCAUUUUUUGUUCUGAUGUGAAGUGCUGAUGUUCAGCCUAGCCUUUCACCCCACUGACAUCUAUAUUAUGAUUGCUAUUGAGUUGGGAAUAUGACAUGGGUAAUGUAUGACAUGCUUGUAAGUACAUAGAUCUCAACAUAUCCGUUACAGUAAAAUACGUUGACAUUUUUAUGUAAAGAUUUAAAAAGACAAAAGCAAGAACAUAAAAAUAUAGUAUAGGCUGUAAAGUGUAGGUUUAAUUAAAUCUACAGUUGCUCUCACAAACCAUUGUUUGCCACGGACGUGGUAAGUAAUUGCAGCUGUAAUCAGCUUGACUCUCAUAUUACAAGAGCUCCAACUGUCUGUUCAGAAUAGAGCAAAAAAGAAUGGGCGUAUUAGACAUGUAAUCGUUGGUUAAUAAAGUAACUACUAUUCUAAUUUAUAAUAGAAUACCACUCCUGAUAGAUAUUUAAAGUGAUAUACCUUAAAUGAGUUAUUGCGUACAUAAGCCAUCUUCUCUUGUUUAUUUUUACGUGUACUGAUUGUGGAAAAUGAAUGGACUAAAGUGUUUUGGAUAGGAAUGGUAUGGAUAAGAUGUAUGGUAUGGAGCUAAAUAGAUCUUGGGGUGGAUAAUAAUAAUGGUACUAAAAGGGUUACUCCAAGCAUCAUGACCAUUUUAGUGAUUUGAUGUGGUCAUGGUUUGUGGAGUCUCUAUGUAGAGCUUUUGCUAUGGCUCCUAACCGUUAUCCAAUGGAGGUAUAUGAGGGGUGUAUACUAUGACUCCUAACCGUUAUCCAAUGGAAGUAUAUGAGGGGUGUAUACUAUGACUCCUAACCGUUAUCCAAUGGAGGUAUAUGAGGGGUGGUCACUAUGGCUCCUAACCGUUAUCCAAUGGAGGUAUAUGAGGGGUGUAUACUAUGGCUCCUAACCGUUAUCCAAUGGAGGUAUAUGAGGUGUGUUCACUAUGACUCCUAACCGUUAUCCAAUGGAGGUAUAUGAGGGGUGUAUACUAUGGCUCCUCGAUCGUUAUCCAAUGGAGGUAUAUGAGGGGUGUUCACUAUGACUCCUAACCGUUAUCCAAUGGAGGUAUAUGAGGGGUGUUCACUAUGGCUCCUAACCGUUAUCCAAUGGAGGUAUAUGAGGGGUGUAUACUAUGGCUCCUAACCGUUAUCCAAUGGAGGUAUAUGAGGUGUGUUCACUAUGACUCCUAACCGUUAUCCAAUGGAGGUAUAUGAGGGGUGUAUACUAUGGCUCCUCGAUCGUUAUCCAAUGGAGGUAUAUGAGGGGUGUUCACUAUGACUCCUAACCGUUAUCCAAUGGAGGUAUAUGAGGGGUGUUCACUAUGGCUCCUAACCAUUAUCCAAUGGAGGUAUAUGAGGGGUGUAUACUAUGGCUCCUAACCGUUAUCCAAUGGAGGUAUAUGAGGUGUGUUCACUAUGACUCCUAACAGUUAUCCAAUGGAGGUAUAUGAGGGGUGUAUACUAUGGCUCCUCGAUCGUUAUCCAAUGGAGGUAUAUGAGGGGUGUUCACUAUGACUCCUAACCGUUAUCCAAUGGAGGUAUAUGAGCGGUGUUUACUAUGACUCCUAACCGUUAUCCAAUAGAGGUAUAUGAGAAGUGUUCACUAUGACUCCUAACCGUUAUCCAAUGGAGGUAUAUGAGGGGUGUAUACUAUGGCUCCUCGAUCGUUAUCCAAUGGAGGUAUAUGAGGUGUGUUCACUGUGGCUCCUCGAUUGUUAUCCAAUGGAGGUAUAGGAGGGGUGUUCACUAUGACUCCUAACCGUUAUCCAAUGGAGGUAUAUGAGAGGUGUUCACUAUGACUCCUAACCGUUAUCCAAUGGAGGUAUAUAAGGGGUGUAUACAAUGGCUCCUCGAUCGUUAUCCAAUGGAGGUAUAUGAGGGGUGUUUACUAUGACUCCUAACCGUUAUCCAAUGGAGGUAUAUGAGGGGUGUAUACUAUGACUCCUAACCGUUAUUCAAUGGAGGUAUAUGAGGGGUGUUCACUAUGACUCCUAACCGUUAUCCAAUGGAGGUAUAUGAGGGGUGUUCACUAUGACUCCUAACCGUUAUCCAAUGGUGGUAUAGGAAAGUAUUACUAUUACAUUUGCCAGGAUGAAAGAGUUCUUCAAUGUUUCUGAAUUACAUAUUAACUAGAUUUUGUAAAUAAGAAUAGAUAACAUUUUCAUAUAAGUCACAGUAAUAUAUAAAACAAAACUUGGGAAAUAAAUUAUAAAUGUUUUAGAAACAUAGAAUGUGACGGCAGAUAAGAACCAUUCGGCCCAUCUAGUCUGCCCAAUUGUCUUACGGCUAUUGAGCACACUGACAAAAGUACGACUCCAAGGGGCCAAUAAAUGCAUUUUGCUGCAAGUGUAUGUAGGAGAUACUCUGCUGAUAUAUUUAUAAUCCAGCAUUAUUUUUGGUUUCCUUAACACUGUCCAUAUUAUCUAUCUCACUGGUAUAUCUGGUCUAAAAGUAUUUAAAGUGAGAGAAAUAUUGUAUCAGGGCUACCACAAUAUUGUAUUAUUCAUUAAAAAAAAAAAUCAGACAAACAUUAAGUAUAAUGACUAUGCAAAGCGAGUUAAUGUUUUAAGGUUUUAUGAGUUAGACGUGUUAUAUGAAUGGUCAAUAUUUCUCUUGAACCCUUGACAACAGCAGACAUUUGUUGUGUGUAUUACGAUGUUUAUCACUGUUUUUUUUGUUGUUUUUUUGUAGAGCUCCUAAUGGCGAUUACAGCACCAGCAGUUUGCAGUCAGUGAACGAUGACGUCUUUAUCAAUGUCUUUGAUGAAGUAUCCUAUGAUAUUUUAGAGGUUAAUUUUUGUUGAGUUAUACUGCAUAGCCAGUGAUGACUAAACUUAGCAAUUCAGUCAUAUCAAAGUCAAUUUACCUGGGAGCCACCGGCCAAGUUGUUGUCUUCCAUGGAAGUUGCAGAUAAGUACUGCCAGACUCCUAUACAUGCAAACAACUGCACACUCCUAUACACACACAACAACACACAUCCAUACACACAGACACACACACACAACUGCACACUAAUAUACAAGCACAUAAAUACACACUCCCAAACACCGUUGCACACAUAUAAUGUAUGACUCCCCAGCACCUGUAGCAUAUCUGAAUUCUUAAUGGAGGCUGCUUCUCUGAGCUAGGUGCACAGGCCAGCAUCAUCACUGAAGUUUUUGUACACCGCUGCUGAAUGCCGAAACUUUAAUAACAAUGCUGGCCGCAGCACAUAGCACACUCCUAUCUUCAGAAAAAAAACAACAAACAAAAUAAUGGCAUGUACGCAGUGCUGAUGCAGAACAGGUCACAAGCAAGUUACGAUAUGCCCAGAACUUGUACAUACCUCUCUGUUCUGGGAUGGGUGUCCCCAGGCCACACAUCAGCUCUCCCAUACUCCAAGCCUAUUGUAGUGUUUAUGGUGCAAGUACUGUUUGAGUACAGUCUCUCUCCUUUUUUUGUUAAAUCUUUUUUUUCCUGCAUUGAUUUAUGGGCACAGCAGAGGAUUCUGUUUGUUUUUUGUUUCCUUGUUUUGUGUUAAUUAUAUAAAUUUAUAGAUAUAACUUAAGGGACACCUAUGGUACCUCCUGCUUACAUAAAAUAGUGUCAAAGACUUUACUAUUUUUUUUUUUGUUUUUUCUUCAGGAUGAUCGGACAAGAGAAAGUGGAAUCCAUACGCGAGUGGAAAGACACUGGCUGGGAUCCAUACGGAUUCCAUUUACAACCAUUUAUUUUCAGUCAAGAGUAAGUACAGAUACAACUUUGCUGUAAGCAGAAUGUUUCAUUUAAGCACCGGUGACCGAUGUUGCUUGCCUUUGUGGAAACGUAGGCAACAAGGUACCUUGUUGGUCAUGUAUAGGGAUAGUUUAUGGUUGUUUUAUACAUACACACUAACAAAGCAAAUUAGAGCUUGGGAACUUUGAGUUAGUCAAGAAGUAGGACCAAUGUUUAUACCCUUGUUUUUCCGCAGUACAAAUAGUGAACACCUACCCGUCCCCAAAAAAACUGUAAUAUUAAAGAGACUGUUGUUUGAGCAAAGAGCAGAUGAGUGGGAUACGGUUGGGAUUUAACAAUAAACGUAGAAUGUAGAAAAUAUAUAUUGAAAGUAGAGAUUUAGUUAUUGAUUAAUGAUCCAUUUCAAGAUAUAUAGGUAUUUUGAAUUGAAAACUUUUUUCUUUUCUUCAGAUUGAUGGGACUUUUCAGAUUGAGGCCCCCCCUGUUCUUCUGGGUUACAGUAAACAGCGGUCUAUGAGUGGUGACGGGGGCUAUGACGCAGUACGAAGUUUAGGCCAGGGUUCGUUUUUAUCACUGUUUAUCACCAUUGAACCUCAGCUAGUCCCAGGAGAAGCCGUGAGAGAAAAGGUAUUUUAUGUAUAUUCUUGAAACCUAAUUUAAAAAAUAUGUAAUAUUAUUUUGUUGCUAAUAAAAUUGUAGAGUAUAUGAAUUUAAAAUGCAUUAAAGAGUUAAUUCAGUAGAGAGAGUGCUUUUAAAACUCUUAAUUACUCAAAACAAAAUAAAGCAAGAAAAACUUUGAAAAGUUUGUAAUAAUCUUCUAUAAACUUGGUCCUCCGCCCACUAAUCCAGACCAGUUCACUAAUGACAGAAACAGAACAUCAUGGUGUAGCAGCAGCAAGCUCCUAAUUCUCCCUGCACUGACUAACACAGCAGGGAGAGAGAAACCUGACACUAGAACAUGCUCUGCGUGAACUACACUGAUCAGACUCCCUGUCUUCACCCCCAUAUAGGACAUUGCAAAGAGAAUAGACUUUCCAACUGCACAUGUGCGACUCUGUCAGGCAUGCUCAAUGCACUUUUUCUGCAUUCCUAGGGAUAGGACAUUUAAUGGUUAGAUCAGUGUCCCCCUGGAGUGGGUUUGGGAAGCAUAAAAAAAAAAGCAGAUAAAUGUGAACAAAUUCAUAUUUACCUGCUUUUAUUCAACCUGUAGAGUGAGGUGGCGGAGCCAACACUCAAGCUAACUGGACAUGCCAUUUGUUAGCGACCUCUAAAAUCAUGUUUUCGGGCACGAAAAUUGAGUUGAUACCUGCCCUGGUCAAGCUUCCCGAGUCCUACAGCUAUGGGAAAGCUCUGAAAAGCUGAAAAAAAUUACGAGCGGCAUAGGCAAGCGGAUCCAGAGAUAUCGGGAAUUAUCCUGCCCGGCCUACAGAGAACUGCGCCUAAGAUGGUGCCCACGCUAGCAGGGGAACCCCGUCCUCGGAGCAACAGGAGCUUGGACACCCCUGGUAGCUUUCCCACAGCAGGCUUGUACAACGCUUCCUCAGAUGAGGAGAAUAAACUCCUUCCACCAAUGGGACAUCAAAGUGCUCCUGAAGGAGCUGAAACACAUACUGGCAACUGAUGCAGGGAAGGUCAGUUAAAAGGUACAAACACUUGGGGCACGAGUAAAGGCAGUGGGGGGGCGGGAGGUGGCGAAGCUUGCAGUAUUUUGCACGGCUACUGCAGAAACUCUCUCCAGCCUAGGGAGCACUUUUGAGUCCGUGCAGGCCAGGAUGGCAUCUCUGGAAGACAGUUGUCAUCGGCAACACAUAAAGGUUAGGGGCAUCCCUGGCAUGGUCUUGGUGACCGAGCUACCUGCAUACAUAGGCUGACUCUUUCAGGCCUUGCUGAAAAAAAAAUCAACCAACCCUGUUCCAGUGGAUGGGAUCUUCAGGAUUUCUAGCCCGCCGGGAGCGAAGUACAAGGAGUCCUGUAAAGUGAUCACACAACUGUCUCGCAUGGGAGAUAAGAUGGCUCUUAUAAAAGCAGCCAGAAGCACACAUCAUAUUUGUUUGAGGGCCACUGCCUGUCCGUUUACCACAACCUUUCCAGGGCUACCCUGUAAUGGGGGGCUUUGCUGAACCCGAUUUCUCAGUGAUUGAGAGAUACCAUAUCGAUGGAGCAACCCCAGAUCCCUGAUUGUGGAGCGCAAUGGAGUGGUACACGCAGCAGAGUUGGAGGUGUUCAUCAAGGAGCUGGGGAUCACACUGCCAACUACCACAGCUGACCACGAGCAAGGCAGAGACCCAAGACAAUGUGCCGUCUGACAAUCUCCCCAUGCCCAAGGGUUCUAUUCCUUGACGAUUGCAGGACUUGCCACCUUUGCCUUCUACAACGGGCAGAGGCCUUUGGAAAGAAUGAUCCAUGAACAGACACAAUGACACUUUCUAAUUUAGUGUCUUCCUGUUUAUCAGCUAUGAGCCUAGCCUAGGCCUAUGGCCUUUGAUUAGCAUAAGGUCAGCGGCAGGAUGUGCCUGGUGUUGGGAUUUACUGUCUGGAUUCCGGUCCAGUCCUGACAUAACACUCACCCCUAUAGCAAUUACCCUUAACAUAAAGAGUCUUUGCCCAGAGCACACUAUAGGCUAGUGCAUAAUGAAUCCUUUCUACGCCCUAGACAGCAGUGUAAGCCGGAGUUAAUAAACUGCAUCCUCACUGCUUGUUUAUGCUAUGUUUUUCAUGUUAUAAAACUGUGCAGUUUUAGGAUAUGCUAUUAACCAACUGUCUUUAUCACUCAUGUCAGUAACGCUGCACUUUCAAAAUAAAGAAUGUCAACCUGCAGAGUGAGGCUACUCUCUAAUUCACAAGUUAAAGCUUUUGAAUGAGACUGCUGUCUCAAAGUAAUGCAUGUCCCUUUAAUUUAUAAAUGUGCCCAUUUCUAUUGAAAUCUGCACUUUUUGUAAAAGAGGACACACUCGUCCCAUGCAUCUAAAGUGCUUUAGGUGUGUAGAGUGUUCCUUUAAAUUGAAAUUCACUGUCUUUCUCGACAGUGCUCACUUUAGCAAAUAACCCUGUACAUCUACAGUUUGUGAACAUAUACAAUACUUUGCAGCUUUGUUUUUAACCCCUUAAGGACACAUGACAUGUGUGACAUGUCAUGAUUCCCUUUUAUCCCAUAAGUUUGGUCCUUAAGGGGUUAAAGGUAGUGUAUUGCAGGGCUUAAUAUUUCAAUUCCCAGUUGUUAGUAAAGCCACAUAUAUUGAGCCCUGGCGUACUGGACUAGUUGAUAUUUCAAUAAGACUUGUAGGUAGGUGAUAUUGUAAAUGCUUAGACGUUUCCUGGAUCAGUCUUCAACCAAAUGCUAACCUAAACAUUCAUAAAAACCCUUAUCACCAAUAUAUGUGUAUAUCCAAGAUACCUUACAUUCCUAGCAGUAUUCUAAAUAAAUAAUGAAAGAUAUACAUUGUUGCUCCCAUCCUUUAGAAUUCCAUUGGGACUGCUUGGUUGCUGGUAAACUCCUAACAGUCAUACUUUAAGGUACAUAAUAUGUUUGCACUGCCGCAAUCUAUAAUGAAUGCGGCGGCAAUGCUCAUUUUCCUGUCCACUCGCGCCUCCCCGCUCUGUCAGUCCCUGCACUGGCUUCCAAUUAGAUAUAGGGCUCAUUUUAAAAUUCUGGUGCUUGCUUACAAGUCCCUACAUAAUGCUGCUCUAACCUACAUAUCCUCCCUAAUACAAAAGUAUGUCCCAUCGAGGCCCCUACGCUCUGCCAAAGACCUAUGUGUAUCCUCUGUCCGUACGCCCACCUCUAAUGCUCGCCUCUGAGAUUUCUCCAGGGCUGCACCUCUUCUGUGAAACUCCCUUCCAUUCUCCUUAAGACCCAGUCUCCACUCAUUCAAAAAAAUCAUUGAAAACUCACUUCUUCAAGAAAGCAUAUCAAUUAAACUGUUAGCAGGUUUUUAUCCCCCAUGACUCCUCUCUUGCAACUGUCAAAAAAUUACCUACUAAGCCGUCAAUGAAUACUUAACCUACUUCGUACCCCUACUUUUACCCUUUGUCUCCCUAUACCCCACUCCCUCUAAAAUGUAAGCUCAUUGAGCAGGGCCCUCAACCCCUCUUUCUGUACGUCCAAUUGUCUGGUUACAAUUACAUGUCUGUUAGUCCACCCAUUGUACAGCGCAACAGAAUGUGAUGGCACUAUAUAAAUAAUAAAAUAAUAAUUUGAUGUUGUUUUUUUUUAUAAACUACGAAAUCUUUUGGCUAUCCAAUAAAUUGUCACAUAUAAUAUAGUAAAUCAAAUGUAAUCAUGAAAAGCUAUCAAAUAACUCUGCCUAAUGUACCUUCUGACUUGCCAAAAGACAUGCCUGAAAUUCCGUAAUAUAAAAUGUUCACCAGAUAAGACCGAUAUUAAAUUAAACCUGGUUUGUAGUUUUAGGCAUCUGUUACUAAAAAGAUGCAUUACUGAGGUUAAUCACCGUUUAAAAUACAUGAUACAGCUUUUAUUUUGUUUAUAGAGACUAUGCUUGGCAGAGAGAAUGUUAAUGAAACAAACUGAAUAUUUCUUAAACUUGCCUUUUCUUUGUACUUUUCCUUAUACGUACUUUGCACAUAAGUUGAUUGUGUCCUAAAAGCAAAUUUCCCUGCAGGCCAAUCUGAUCUACUGCUGGCUAAAUAGAAUCCAAAUAUUGUUUUUGUAAAGCUAGCUAUCUGCUUCCAGUCACAUUUACCUUUUUGUUUAUACUUAUUUUAGCCCAAUUUUUCUUUUUUUUUUUUUCUUGUUUUCUUCUUCUUCUUACAGUAACCCAUGAUCCAUAGCAUGUUUAAAUUAUAUUUUCUUUACUUGGUAGUUAGAGCACUCGUGAACUGUAAAUGUUAAGAAUUACUGGUGUGACUAAAGAGAAAAGAGCUUGAGAAAUGAUUGUUCCAAAACUACGGUUGACAUGAUCCCUUACUCCAGUUUGAUUUUUUUUUUUUUUUGCUUGUGGUCUGCCAGGUAUUGCCUCCUCAUAGCCUUCAAUGGAACGGGAUGGUCCUGCUUAAGAGUUUCCGUUAGCUCUCCUGAGCUAAGCCCCGCCAUGCAGAGUUCUCUCAUUGGUUGAUAGUGACAACAAUGAGCUAAGCCCUGCACACAAGCUUAGAAUGCUUCAAGAGUGAAGAAUAAUACACAGCGGACCCCGGGUUAGAAGUUAAACUGUUCAAAUUGGCUUAAAUGCUUACAUUUGGAGGGGGGGGGGACUAGCUGAUCUUUUGCUGUUAUUAAUGUCCCUGGGUGUCUUAUCGUUUUUGAGGAGUAAACAUUUCAAAUCAAAGAUAGAAUAAAAUUUUCAAAUUUCUUUUUCUUUUAAUUCAAAGUUUGAUAGCCGGGAAGAUGAAAAGUUGCUGCAGGCAGCAGAGAAAUUCCAAAGUGAAGCAGCUACGAAGUUUCCAAAGCGUCAGUGUUUGACCACGGUAACUGAUAUCGAUGGCACGAUGGUUUUUAUUACAAGAUACAUCAAGGCAUUGAAUCCUCCUUCGGAAUUAAUAGAUGGCAGCUCAAAUAAUACACAAGCAGCUAUGGUAAAAAUGUGUUUGUUUUUAUUUAACUUUUAAUUUUAAAAUCAUUAUUUAGAGUUGGUGAAAAUAAUAUACACAUUUUUUUUCUCAUCAAGGUCACCCUCUCAUCUUUUUAAGGGUGAUUUUGUUAAUAGUAGUAAUUUUCUAUGAAACUAUUCUGUUAUGUUCUGUUGUAUGUAUUAAGCACUAUGAAUCCCAAGGAGAGAAUCGGUUUCUUUUUAAUUAUCUACAGAUGUAAUGUCUUCUGUAUAAAUAAUAUAUUAUUCAUAUUCAUAAUUAUUACAAAGCACUAAUAGAUUUUUUUCUGCAUAUGGUGUUUCAAUCAAAGUAGUGAUUACUUGUUCCUUAAGCAAUUCAUUCUAUUCUGUUGUUCUUUUUAGAACCCCUCUUACCUCUGUUUUGUCAUAUCCUCACAGGAACUAGUGGCGCGUUAUGUUUCCCUAAUUCCUUUCCUACCUGAUAAUGUCUCGUUUGCUGGGGUCUGUAACCUAUGGUGUUCAUCAGAUGUAAGUAGAAGUUAUGUCAUCUACCUGUGCAUAAAUUAAAUACAAUAUUUUUUUUUAAUGUGCCCCUCCUCCUACCUGCGUAACUUUGCAGAUUGAAGAGAGACUCGGCAGAGAUGCACGCUUCUUUUAUCACAGAUAUCUAUAAAAAAAAAAAAUCUGUUGACUAAGGCACUUUUUAUCUCUUUAACCCCUUAAGGACACAUGACAUGUGUGACAUGUCAUGAUUUCCUUUUAUUCUAGAAGUUUGGUCCUUAAGGGGUUAAUAGGGUAUAGAAACUAUGUGUUAACAUUUACCAAUACUGUCAUUGUGCAUAUUUGUGUUUUAUGUUACACAGUCAGCCAUUAGGGGGAGCUGCUAAGCAAAGUGAGCCAUUACAUUAGCUAUUAGUAUUUUAAUAUAAUAUAAGGAGUGAAUACAAAGGAUGAGUUACAUUUAAUUUUAGCCUUUUUCAUCUAAUCACUAACAGACAGUUAGAACCAAAUAGCAACAUAUAGAAAACAAUACUCUUCAAUGAGAGAGAAACUGCAAAUACUGUAAUUUGGCGAUAUCACUUAAUUUAAAAAGUGCAUAUGCACAAAUUUAAUAAACACAGAUAAGCCAUGCAACUAAAAUCCCAUGCCAACCAGAUAGUGACCUUUAGGUAUAUGAACAGCAGUGUAUUAGUCUGUGAAUUUAACAACUUAAAAACUAUGGGGGAGAUUUAUCAAGGGGGGAAAAAAAACAGGUGCUAUUUUUUGGCAAAACGAUAAAUAAGUUGCAAUCACCAUGGAAGCCAAUGACAUUUUUCAUAACAUUUAGCACUUUGCAUCCAGAAUAACACGUGUGCGCCUUGCUAAAUCUUUCCCAAAUUAUGAAUCAAGCCAAUCUAGAUCAAUGCACAAAGUAAUAAUGGAGAGGUGGUAAUGUAAUCCAUGUUAUAGAAUAGCAGCUGUAUCAUUGAAUUAGCAAUGCAGGAAUCCAUAGUGCACACAAUGUAAAACCAUGCUAGUCUGGAGCACAUAGUAAACACCAUACAUGCUAGAACAUGGUUUACAAUCAAUGUAUUGUGGGCACUAUGGUCUUUAUACCAUCUUGUAGCCAUAGUUUGCUAUUGGAGGGUGCAUGGAAAAUGCAUGUGGAAAAAUCAAUGUGUAUUAAAUAUAUCAUUUUAUUUUUAUAUUGUUCCUAAGAUAUUAAAUGCAGUUUAAAUAAACAAACAGAAUACGACAACCUGCCUUUAAAGAAGUGAAUUAUUUCUUUUUAUGUUCUUCUUUAGCAAUUCCUCAGCCUGUUAGCUGGUGACGAGGAGGAGCAUGCUGUCCUGCUGUGUAAUUACUUCAUGGCCAUGGGCAAAAAGGCAUGGCUUAUAGUAGGGAAUGCCAUUCCAGAGGUAAAGUGCCAUAUUUUUUUGGAAUUAAAAAUAAAAAUGUAGAAUCUUAUUUUGGAACUUUAUUUACCCUAUUAUUGUACCUCUUGAAUAUAGAAUAUCCCACACACAAAGGCUGGAGAUUGUGACCUUAUUUUUUGUGCAACUUUGCAUGUGUUGCAUGGCUUUCUGGGACUGUUGCAGAAACACAGCCUUUCAGAGAUCAGUUGCCAUUGUACAUUGUGCCUCGGGACUGAGAUGGUGAAACAUUUGUAUGCAGUUAAAAAGUUUUUGACCUUAAACAAAAUAGCUUAAAGUAGUAACAUGUUACUUUAUGAUGUGUGUUUGAAAACCAGUAUAGUGUAGAAUGAUAUGAACAGCACUUUGGUAUAAUUUUUUUAUACGUAUAUUUCUUUAUUUUUAGUCAUGUUACUUGGACAUAAUGUUUCACAUUGACAACAUUGACCAUUAAACAAAUGCUUUAGCAUGUUAAGAAAAAAACAACAACAAGCUGAUUGUAUUAUUUACUUUUCAUAAAUAGAUUCACAUAAGAAUGUUAAUCCUCUUGGUGCCCUGCCCAUAUGUGGCAUUUCUCUUAGGGCUCAUUUAUUUAAAUAGCAGGUCUGAUUUAACUUAUGUAUUUAUGAAAGCUACCUAGCUACAUAUUGUUAAUUCCUUCAGUCUCUCAAGUUAACAGUAAGACAUCCACGCUCUUUAUUAGAGAAGUGAGACCGCAUUAAAAUCAGUUUAGCUAUCUCCAUGGAAACCAGUAGAAUGUUCCUACUGAUUCCAAUGGUUUAAUCUCCCAAUGAGGUUUUUUUUUUUACUUACUGAAAUAACUUUCAGAAUGCCAUGUAGUUAUGUAAAAAAUCAUAGACUAGGUCUUCCCCCUUCUUACACCUCUUCAAAAAUGUCUCUCUUGGACCAUUUGAUAUGUUGGGAUGCAUGGGUCAUGUAUCUGCAUUUAUUGCUGGCAUAUUUAAAAAUAGAAAUUAAAGAUGGCUUUUUUCACAUAUUUUCUCAUAUCCACUCAUUGUUCUCAAAUAUAUAUCUACAGUCUUAAACAUAAAUGUACUCAGUGCUCUCACAAAAUUUUAUCUUAUUUGUUUAUUUAAUUUUUAGGGACCCACAUCCUAUGUCCUGACCUUGGAACAGAGCCAAUAUAUUAUUUGGAAUCCCAGCAACGGGAAGUUUUAUGGCCAGUUCGACACGUUUUGUCCAUUGCAGAGUGUUGGCUGUUUGAUUAAUGCUGAAAAUGUAAGUAUUCUGACUCAUUACGAGAAAAUAUUGAAUGGCUUUAUCAUCAUAUAAUGAAAACUAGAAAAGCUACAAUUUCUGGGGAAAUUGUGUGAAGUGUUCUUGCCUCCACCAGUAGUCUACAACUAGGGAUCGAGCGAUUAUCGGUUUUACCGAUAUUAUCGGCCGAUAUUCUGUAUUUUCGGCAAUAUCGGUAUCAGCCACUAAAGAUACCGAUAUUGCUUAUAUUGAUAGAGUGAGAAAUGCAUUUCCAGAUGAGCUAUAUUAGCCUAAAGUUUGGAAUUCAGGUAAUCACAAUAAAGUGUUUAGUGAAUAAAUCCCUAUACUAUGUGUUCAGCAGUGACUUUUAUUUACCCAACUAACCUAUGUAACAAAUAACCUAAACAGGAUUUAUCCAUAAAAAAGGACUGUACACUAUACUGUGUUUGCAGUACUGACGUUUAUUUUACCAAUAACAAACCUUAACGGAUCACCUGGCACCCCGACUGGGUACCUCCAUUGAAGGAUACUCCUAGCGCUUCUUGAGGAUUCCAAGCACUCUAGCCAACACCACAACCACUGCAGGCCGAACCUCUCUUCCUUCAAAGCGAAGCAGGAACAAGCUCUUACAAGAGCUUAGGAGGGAUUAAAGCAAGGGAAUAUGCAGAGCAUAGCAAUCCCUUGUAGCAGAUUCCCCCAAUAAGAGACAGGACUCCAAAUUGAGGGUGAAGUAGAAAUCAGGUUUAAUGACACACACUCUGCUUUUAUGCAAUUCUCCCAUGCAAGGGAGACGCCCACAGACAAUUAUGAUUUACCCAACCACACACUGGUUACAUCCCACACAUCUCCUCCCCUUAGCCUGAGAGGUAACACAAUUAGCCGUACUGUUUAAAACAUACUUUUUACCCAACUUUCAUAACUCUAAAACUAUACAUCCAAUAUUAAUAAAAUAUCAAUCAAACAUACUUUUUCCACCUGCACUAUGAAUGUUUACAUGGUGUGUUCAAUAAAAACAUGGCAGCAUUUAAUUAUUUGUGUGUUAUUAGUUUAAGCAGACUGUGAUUGUCUAUUGUUGUGUCUAUGAUGAUCAGAUCAUAUUUUAUGACCAAUUUGUGCAGAAAUCCAUAUCAUUCCAAAGGGAUCACAUACUUUUUCUUGCAACUGUAUAAGUCACCUUUGACCUCAAUUUCACACAGAAAAAUGUCUAAGUCUCAUUCGAAUGCAUGAACGGGGCCGUUUGUUCAAAUAGCCCAGUCUAACAGUGCAUUCGAAUUGUCGAACGCACUUCGAUUCCAGCCGAAGUGUCGAAGUUCAUGAGAAGGUAAGGGUCAGUGGUGUUUGUGCAAAUGUGUAGCUGAUUUUAGUUCCAUAGAUUCAGUGGCACGCACCGCUGACCGCGUUCGACUAAAUUAAAAUGGCCGUCGCCACCUGUUAAAAGUACAAAUCCUUUCUCUGGGAGUUAACGGGCCAGCAGCAGCACAACAAAAAUCCAUUAUGCCAAAAUACUGUGUUUAAAGUGCCCAAUCUCCCAGGGGCCAUAGUCAUAAGGUAGGAGGCUGGCAAUCAGGCUCCUUCAAUCCCAGGGGCAAAGGGCAGUGGGUCACAUAAACAGCUAGUGACAAAAGGUAGUUUGUCACACAAACCAACAACAUUCUGAUUACAGUGAUUGUUCCUAAAGCUUGUUAUAUGCCUUUGUGUUCUCCGCUCUAGUGUUACAAGUGUGCAUGGUUUUUAAUCUGGAAUGUAAAGGGUCAUCGCAGGCACCAUGACCACUUCAUUGAUUUGAAGUGGCUGGAGCCAAUAUGUGCAGUGUUUUGCUAUGAAACUAUGAACAUACCUAGUUUAUCCCCUCUGCUGCCCGAGAUGUAACUCCGCCUGCAGCAGUGUCAUCUGGGGCUCCAUUCCUGUGCACAGAAUUGCAUUCGUUGGCUGAAAGAGGUCAGCGGACACUCUCAGCCAGUGACUGCCGGAUCAACUUCUGCAACCAGAUGUUGUUACUGGCUUGAGUAAGGAGACCGAGCCCCUUGGGAUCCAGGUAAGAGGGCAAACUGUUGUUUGCCCCAUUACCAGGGAACACCAUAGGGUACUUCUGGCAUCAUAUCCACUACAGCGGGAUACAUGGUUAUGGUUAUCAUGCUUGGACUAAGCCUUUAAGGCUGUCUUGACAUAAAAGCCACCUUUAACCAAUAGGGCAAUAUAACUUGUUCAAACCUAGAGUUCCAGCUAUUGUAAUACAUGUCCCUGGAUUCAGUGACCAGAGAAUUUAGGAGCUGCUGAAUGAAUGAGUGUCCCCACAAUGCACAGUAUUGGGACGGGAUUUGGUUCAAAGACUAUCCUCAUAUCACAUCUUAUUAAUCGUAUCCAUUUAAUUAAAAUGUGGCGAGGUGGGUCUCUCUCUUUUCUAACUACAAAAUAUUUCAUGCGUUUCUCCCAAUGGCCAUAGACGAUGAAUUGCUGGCACCAUUUUUUUUGUCCACAUACAUAAAAGUAACCGGCCAUGAAUUAGUGUUGAGAUGUACAGAAAUUGCAUAUUAUAAGUAAAACAUUUAAAAAAUCUGUGUAAAUCUAAAUUGGGAUGGGAUAAGAAAGGAUAUCCGUUGCUUUCCAAAACACUAAUAUAUUUAUGAUUAAAAAUAGUACUCUGUGCAAUAUAUUUUUGUAAAGGCUUUUCGAGUUUGUUUUUCAGUGAGUGUUAUUUGCUUGCUCUAUAUUGAAAUAAAUAUUAAACUGUUUUAAAUAAAGUUUAAUUUGUGAGUAACAAAUUUUUUUUUAAAAUGGGGUAGUAUCUCUUUAUUCUAGGAGUUUUGUUGAAUCUCCCCAUCUUUUUCUCCUGUUGUGAGCUCUCGUUAGCUCUCAUUUUCUUGACUCUGUGGUUGCUUAUCUCUACAGGUUUGGUUUAACAUUCAGCAGUACGAUACACCAAUGGGUAUCAGUUUUGACACAAGCAGACCUAAGCUAUGGAAGCCAUUCUUCUCUCGAAGUUAUCCGAACCCUGGGCUAGCCAGUGUACAGGUAUUUAAAUGGAGAUCUUUCUAGCAUGUUGUUUUUUUUAAUGUAAUCACCAUGUGCAUCUUGGGAAUCUGUUUAGAGCUGAUGUCCUCACAAUCUCUGGGACAGUUACAGGGUAUCACAUCUCCUCUAAAUGAUUUAACGGAGUACACACUAAUUCUCUUUUAGUUUUCUCCAAGUAUCAGUGUGCUAAGCAAAUUAAACCUCUUUAUUAUGACAACAGAUAAUUAUAAAUGUCAAAAUAAUGUGUUGUUUUGUCAGAAAUAAACUUCAAUUAUUGUUUUUGUUUAGUUUUUUUGUUAAAGUUGCAGAUAAGCCUUGUGCCAAUUUGAUUAACGAUCUAUUUAUCAUGUUCACAGCCUGAUGAUUUAACAUAUGACCGUCCAGAUAAGACUGCUGCUGCAGAACUGCAGGACAGGUAAGGGACAUCAUGUAUUAUAAAGCAACGUUGCAGGAUGAUCAGUUUAAAGGUAAUCACCUCUAUUUACUAAGCAGCAUAAAUAGCUUUGCUACUGCUGACUUACGUUACCCACAGACAGUGACGGCACUACCUUAAUGCGGAACAGAGUGCUGUUUUAGGACACCCCGGCUCGCCCAUGCUUAAGGUGCUGUGUCCCUUAAUAGAUCUAUCUGACUGGCCCAGUGCACUCACUGCAGGUGUCACGGAGACCUUCUGGUCUGCAUUUUUGGUAGGUACAGACUCCUCAAGCUUAUCUUGGUUGUUUUUGAAAUUUUAGGAACCCACUUUUUUAUAUGUAUUCUUUGUUGAGAGAGCCAAUCGUCUCUCCCUUAUUAAAGCUUUAUACUAGUUUGUAGGAUUAGCUGGUUGUCUCCAAAAACACUUAAGUUUUUCUUUUGUGUGUCUAAUCUGUUUAUAGAAUUGAGAAGAUACUCAAAGAGAAAAUCAUGGAGUGGCGACCAAGACAUCCUACUCGGUGGAAUCGAUAUUGCACAUCUACGCUCCGCCACUUCUUACCACUGCUGGAGCAAAACCAGGGCAAGGAUGUAGAAGAAGACCAUAGAGUGGAACUGCAGAGACAGCUUGGAGAUUAUAGGGUAAAUAAAACCAUAGGAAUCUUUGUGUGAGAGCAAACUAAUGAGCCUAUACAUUUUAAGUAUUAAUAAAUGUUUGGGUUUUUUUUUAUUCCAGUUGUCAGGUUUUCCUAUUCACAUGCCAUUUUCCGAGGUGACGCCACUAAUCGAAGCGGUGUACAGCACAGGAGUCCACAACAGUGAAAUACCAAACAUUGAGUUUGCCCUCGCAGUGUACGUCCACCCUUAUCCGCACAGUGUUUAUUCAGUAUGGAUCUAUGUCGCUUCUCUUAUUCGUAACAGAUGAUGAAGAACUCCAACCAAGCCACAGAAAAAUGGGAAAGUUCAUUUUCAGUUUUGCCAAAAAAAACAAAACACCUGGAACUCGUUCCAGUAAAGGACUCCUCACAAAGGAGUAAGCGUUUCUUGUUUGUAUAGAGAAAGAGUGCAAAAUUUUAUCAAGAAUUGGUAAAUGCUUAUCUAUACAUAUACCACUGUGUACAUUGCACAAAAGGACUGAGGUAAUGAAAGCGCUUGAGUGACUCUGUUACUGUAUGAUAUGCAAUGAAAGCAUUGACAAGUGCCUUUAACAAAUAGAAUAUGAAAAUUCAUUUUGGAGACAAAGAAUAUUUCAUUCCAUCUGAAUGGACAUUGAAACAAACAACCUACACACACAUAGAAAAUGCAUUGUAGUCUCAAUGAAAUGUAUCCAGGGUAACAGUCAGUGGGCUAAGCAUUAUAUUGAACCUACAUGCCUGGAACAAUAAAUGUAAUAUCAGGGCAUUAUUAAAUGAACAUUUCAUUUUUUUCAAUUUUUUUUUUUUAAAGUGUCCCCUUUUGGUUUUUCUCUUAACCAUUUAGUAGAUAUACUCCCAGCUAUGCUGAACAUUUUCAAAUCAGAGCUUCUCACUGAGAAGCCUUGCAGACAAAUUGCAAAUGCACAUCAUUGGCCAAUUAUAUAUUUCUCAUUGCAUUAUAAAUGAUGGAGAAGUGUACAAGAGGCAAGUAUUCGUCUGUUCAGCUUGACGGCCAUGCUGCCUACAUAAGCUCAGCAGACAGAUCCAAUUACAGGCAAACACCCAGCUAGUAAUAUAGGUUCCAAUCACACUUUCUUAUUGAACUAUAGUUCAAAGCAAGUGAGACAGUGUAAGUAAGAUGAAAUAUAAAGGGUUGAUUUCUCUUGAAGUGCAGUAACAGACAAUUUAACCCCUCAGGUAACUGGAGUGUUCCUUUAACUCUCUGAAAGGCUUUGCAGAAUAUUCCCUAACAAUUAUACAGACUGGCUUAUGUCAUUCUGCACUUUUCCAGAUUGUUUUUUGCUUUAUGUAGGAUGUAUGGCUCUGAUGAUUUCUUUAUACAUGUCUUUAAAGGACCACUAUAGGCACCCAGACCACUUCAGCUUAAUGAAGUGGUCUGGGUGCCUGGUCCAGCUAGGGUUAACCCUUUUUUUUUUUUUUUUAUAAACAUAGCAGUUUCAGAGAAACUGCUAUGUUUACACUGGUGGUUAAUCCAGCCUCUAGUGGCUGUCUCAUUGACAGCCGCUAGAGGCGUUUGCGUGCUUCUCACUGUGAAAAUCACAGUGAGAAGAUGCCAGCGUCCAUAGGAAAGCGUUGUAAAUGCUUUCCUAUGAACUGGCUGAAUGCGUGCGCGGCUCCUGCCGCGCAUGCGCAUUCACCCGAUGACGUCGCUAGGAAGAAGGAGAGGAGGAGGUAAGCUCCCCGCCCGGCGCUGGAGAAAGGUAAGAUUUUAACCCCUUCCUCUCCCCAGAGCCCGGCGGGAGGGUGGGGGCACCCUCAGGGCACUAUAGUGCCAGGAAAACGAGUAUGUUUUCCUGGCACUAUAGUGGUACUUUAACAGUGGGAUCUGCAGGUAUAUGGACACAAUUCCAAUUCGGACACUCAACAAUAGAAACUAUUUCUAUUUGAGUAAAGUACCACACAAAGCAUUUCGGCUAGCACUUUCAUAAGCAUAGGAAAGAAACAAUUGUAUAUGUGUGUAUGUCCUUGCUACAGCUCGAAAAGACCUUCAGUCUGUGCUAUGGAAAAAGGGAAGUGCUUCUAAAGGCUGCAGACAAGGUAUCUGCAGCUUUUGCAAGUUUUGUUUUUGUUUUUAGAUAUACCUUCAAUGAAACGAUGUAGAAAUGAAUGAAUGCAUGCAUGUUUUCCUUGGGGUAUAUCAAAUAAAUAGUGAUUGUUACUUUUGUUUACCUCUUUCCAAUUAAGUGUUCUUUUAAGCAUGCAUUUGUCUCUUUCAUGUCUCAAUAUUUUGGAUGUGGUUACAUGUUCCUCGUGGUGUGUUGAUGUUCAAUUACCAUUAUUGUACACAUCCAUUAAGAUUGCACUAUCUAUACUAUGCAUUAUUUAUGAUCUUUUUUAUAUAUACAUUUGCAAGAAUACUUGUAAUUAGUAAUAUAAUUUGCCUUAAAAACCAUCUCACAAUAACAGACAGUUCAUACUCUGAUGAAAUGUGUAAGUUAAGAAAAGGUAACUUGUGUGGUCAACACCAGAGAUUGUUACAUCUCUCUCAAAAUCUUGAGUUUGUCAGUUCAUACAAUUGAUAGGAUAUAAGAUGUACAAAUAAGUCCAAAGAGUUGUUCAGCUUGCUCUUUGUUUUAAGAACCAUGAAAAAUCUCUUGCAUACUCCUCAACAGGGACGUUUCAUAAAGCGGGAGUUGGGUGGGCGGACCAGAGACAGAACAGGCAUGUCAGUCUGACAUGAGUACACAACAGGCUGAUUGCCAAUUACAUUGGCUGGCACUGUUAAGGCCUUACCAUGCACAGAGCACUUUGCUUUAUGGUAACGGUUCCGUGUUGUCCUAUAAAGCAAGACAUAAGAGAACAAACUCAGGACAUGACCCCAAUAUCAAUACUGUACCACCAUAUUUAAAACUGUUGUGAGGCCUGUUCCGGUUAAUAUUUCCUUUCCUCUUGGUGUUGUAACUGUAAUUACAUCACAGUUACACUAUUUGAUCUAUAUUUCAUUUCAAUCCACAAAUUGUCAUGUUGUUUACAUGUUCAUAUUGUUCAUCUAAAAUUUACUGUGUUUUCUAAAUCUUGCUGUGUAAAUAUAUAUUUUUUUACAAUGCAAUAAAUUAUCUGUUCCCAUCCAUUUUAAUAAAUAAAAGUGGUUUUCCAUGUUAAUCGACUCUACAUCGCAUAGAAUCAUCAUUUAAGCCAACGUUUUGGAAGUCAUUUAUUUUAACAGUUGGGAAUAUUCUGAAAUGAUUGCAGAUACAUUAAACUCCGGAC